CAUUGGGGGUGUUAUUUUUGCUGGAAAGUGUACCUGGAGUUUCAAAUGAGCUGACGUGCGCUUCCUGAAGACGUCAAAGGGGGGAGCUGUGCGCAGGAUGACUCCACAUUAAACAAGCUUGAAAAUUACGCGUGGGACACUUGGGGAAAGUGGGUCCACAAGAGAGAGGAAAACAAGCGAAUCAAAGAUACCACAGAAGAUCUCAAAUAAACUCUUACUCGGAUGUUGUGGAGCUGCUGCUUCAGCCCGUGAGGAGUCGACGGUAAGGACGCUUUUUCCUGAAGGACCACAUUGGCGUGUGUCGGAGCGCAGUUCGAGUCGAGGCGUUUGUGUCGCUCUGUUUUGAUUGUCAAGCUUUCUUCACUUAAUCCAGAGGCUUUCUAGUUUGUUUUUGGUACUUUGGCUCAAGUAAAAUAAAGCAGACGUGCUUUAGUGAGCUGCAUGUGGUGAGUUCGGUGCUGACAACAGCUGCAGGCGAUCAACGAGAGUCCCCACAGUGUUGUUAUCAGCGGUGUGCGAUGAUGAGAGUGAUGAUGAAGAUGAUGCUUAUCCGUAAUUGAUGCCAUGAUAGCCGCUUAGCGCAUCUUAACUUCUGAUGUGAGGGAGGAGAUCGUUUCUAAACUGCGUUAAGAUUAGAUGUAGUGUGUGUAAAUGUUCACGAGUUUACUUUAUGAGUCCUCGUUGCCUUUUAAGACAGUGAAACACCGACAAUAUUUCUGUUACUCUCGUCUUUAUGGCCAUUUAGCAGAGGCUGUGCAGCUUUCGAUUAAAUCUCGUUAUUUGACCAAUAGAUGCUCAAAAUUUUCUCUUUCCCCCUCUUGGAGUUUUUUCUCACCUCAGAACUGCUCGAGAAGGUCAGUCUUUUUUAUUAUUUUUUAUAAAAAGUACCUUUAAACAUCAGAUGUAAUGCCUCAAUAAUACCUACUUUUGAUAUUUUCCUGCCAUUUCAAAAAGUUUUGUUGUUGUUGUUUUUCUGACAUUGCAUGACAGUUUUGUGAUGAUGUGUGAUUUCAUUGAUAGCAAGUUAUUUCUUUCACUAUUUUAUUAAGUCUUUUUUACAAUGAGAUAUUUUCACAUAAUUUGGCCAAUUUAAAAUGCCAGUACAGCCCAGUGGUUUGCCACAUUGUCAACAGGCAGAUGUAAAGUGUGUCUUCUUUCCAAUUUAAUAUAUGAGAUUAGGUUGUCCUUGGUGUUUUUUUUUUAUGCUGUUGAUAAGUAAUAUUGUUGUUUUGGGGUUUUGACCAAUCAGAAUCAAGUAUGUAACUAGGGAUGCACUGAUUGGAUGGGAUAUUGGCACCAAUAUUGACAAAUGAACUGGAUUGGAUAUCUGAUGAAUGAUGCCAAUCCAGCAUCCCGAUCCAGUCUUUUUUUUUCUUUCUUUUAAUUAUUAUCAUACACAGCAACACAGUGGUUCUGUUCCCUCUAUAUUUCAUGUCUGUAUAUCCUUUUGCACUAAGUGUUUACAUGGGAGUCUAACUUACUUUUGCUGUGUGCUAAUAAUGUUAAGUAAUUUAUAUCUGUGUUAAUUUGUUACCUUUUCUUUAACAAGGCUAAUGUCAAGCCUGAUGCCUUCACUCACAGGCAUAGGUAUACAGUUCAUUCAUUCAACAGUAGUAUUGGAUCAGUAUCAGAUAUCAGCCGAUAUGCUCAGCCCAGGUAUCGAUAUUGGAUUGGAUCAGAAAGAAAUGGAUCGGUGCAUCUCUGUAUUUAACCUGGAUAAGAAAUGCAUGAGUGUACGUCUGUUUAAGGCUUCUGUGUAAAUGGACCUUUUCAAGUGAGAUUUAUUCUAUUUCUAGGUAAAUGUUACUCCCACUGUGUAUGGCUUUGAGCUAAAAACUCCACCACCAGUGGGUUCAUAGUGGCAUGUGGUCAAUCACAAUAUUUGACUGACACAAAACCUCUCUGUACCCUGCACUCGAUCACUGAGGGAUGUGAAGCAGAGCUGAUGUGUGUGACACCGCUUAGCCCCUGAUGUUUACAUCAGCAUCCCAGAGAGCGGUGGGAGCCAAGCACAGCAGGCUGCACCUUAUGUUGUGUGUCUGUGGUCUGUACUUUGAAUGCACAGAACAGCUCAUUGAGGCAGGGCUGAGUAUAGUAUCAAAUAGGAGGGUUGAUAAAACUUCUAACUACUGACCAGCUCUGCCUCUGACAGGAGGAUGGCAUGGCAUUGGCACUGCAUGAUGGGACCGUGCUUUGUGGUCUACCACAAACUCAAUCAUCUCACUUGUUGGACCAUAGUGGGAAUGGCUAAGACAAAGGGUGUGUGUCUGUGAAAUGUACUAAAAUUAGACUAGAUGAGACACUUGAUAAAGGCCUAUUUGUUAAAAAGUAUAUGAGAUGACUGUGUCCUCAAAAACUAAUGCUGAAAAGUCAAACCUGUGAUUCAGGCAGCAUUCAAAGUGUCUCCCCAUGAGAGAGUUUGUGCAGAAGUUGUGUACCUGCAGUUGUUUUUCCCACAAAAUCACAAGAUGUUAAAAAACAAAGACCUCCAGGAGCCUCCACAUACACUCAAUCAUAACUCAAGUGGAGUUACUCAUGAUCUAUGCAGGCCCUGGUCUGAGUGUGGCUUCAUCCACACGGCUAAACUUAGCAAGCUGUGAACCCUCACCCCAGUUUCCUCCCUUAUAAUUACAGGAAAUGAGCCUAGCCAAUCAGAGCAGAGAUGCUUAGUGCAUAUUAACGAGCUGAAUAGGAGCAGUAUUUGAGGAGCAGACAGGUAAUGAACAAGUAUGUUGGAGGUGGGGUGAGGUCUCCACUGAGGCUACAGGAGACUUGGGUCGGACAGGAGAAGGAAGGUAAAGUUUUUACUAUAUCACCUCACACUCAGUAAGGUAACAUGAGCACUGUGACUGCUGACAGAUUGAACGGUACGAUGGCAGCACAUGAAGAGACAAACUGCCACUGAUUUAAUAUCUUUUCCAGCUGUUAGAUUAUUAGAUUUUUUAAAAGAUUUCUUUGGGUUUCUUCCCUUACGUGCUCACUUAAACACACACUCAUAGAGGAGUGUAUCAUAUCAAGACUUCCCACAGGUAUGGCUUUUCCAUCAGUGGUUCACUUACUGAUUUCUGCAUCUGUUGCUGUUCUUCUCAGUCACUCUCUUCUUUAUUUCUCAUGCAUAAACACACCUGGUAUAUAGGUAGCUGGUUGGUGGGUAAGCGGGUAAUGAAGUAGGUGGGUGUGUAUUAGGUUUGUCAUAUAGUACACACCAUGAUGAGCCAAUACAGUACUAUUCACAUCUCAAUUGCAGGUUUUGAUUUAACUUAGAGCAAUUUGAUAAGACAUGAUGUCAUUCAACAGUCUGAGUUUUAAUCAAUCAGAUAAAAUUAAGACCUUUCACAAACUUGAACUUUUUCACAAGUCCUACAUGAGUGUUCUCUGUUUCAAGCUUUUGGUAUUAAGUUGCAGCAGGUGCCAGCAGGUCCGGCUGGAAAACGAAAUUGUGGUUGUGUGCUCUGAACCACUGUGAGAGAAUAAAUGCUCAGAAAACUUGUACAGGGGUCAAGAAUAAGUAAACUGAUUAGAGCUCGAUUCAAGACUGAAAUAACUGACAAGAAUCUGGAUUUUUUUACAGAGUAUUGUAAUGUUGUGAGAUCGUAGAUUUUUGUAUUUCCAUCAUCAAGAUUAUUGUAAAAAAGGCCAAGGGGGAGGUAAGUUUGAAGGUAACAGUGAGUAGGCAGAAAAAUAAGUGUGAAGGUAAGAAGGCGAAGAGUUGAUAGGUAGAUUGGUAAGCUAAUAGGCAGAUAGGGAGGUAGGCAAGUGGAUGGGUUGGUUAGUUGGUCGUUGGUUGGUGGGCAGUCAAGUCAGUAGUAAGAGGCCAGAUAGGUAUGUAGGCAGGUUGGUUGGUAAGUGUAGAGGUCAGUUGGAGUCAAUAAGGUAGGCUGAUCUGUAAGUGGGUUGGCAGGUAAAUAGACAGUGGGUUGGUUGGUUAGAAAGAAAGAUUAAAUAAUUUGUAGGGAGUAAAAUAGACACACAAGUGAGUGGGUGUGCAAGUUUGCAAAAAGACGAUUAUGCUGUUAGGUUGGUUGGGGGGUUACUAGGUUGUUUACCAGGUAGAUAUGAAGAGGUAAACAGGUAUCUUGGGAGUAAAGGUUGGUGGACAGUCUGGUUGACACUUGUGAGAGGCUGAGGAAGGUAGGUAUUUUGAAGGGUUCGUUGGGAGGUUGGUGGGGAAUGAAACAGGUAGGUAGGCUGGUAGGUGGAUUGCUUGUAUGCGGGUGUUUAGGUAGGUAGGUUUGAAGGUUGUAUGGCAUUUUUGUUUAAGAUAUGGACAAAAAACAGGAUAAACAGUAUUUAAUUCUACACUAAACGGUAAAUGUAGGAGAAAAAAAAGGGUAUGUAGGGAGGAAAAUAGGGAAGCAAAAGUUAGUGAAAGUAGGACGGUAGGUAGAUAGAUUGGCAAAUAAGUAGGUAGACAGGUUAAUUGGUAAGAAGGUCAACUGAUAAGGGGGCAGGCAGGUAGUCAAAUAAAAAGGCAGAGAGCCAGGCAAAUAGGAGUGGUAAAUAGGCAGAGGUAGGCAGGUAGCUUAAUCGGAAGGGAGGAGAGUAGGAAGGUGGGCAAGGAAGUAGGAAAGUAGGUAGACAUAUUAGAUGAUCACUUGGUGGAUCCCAAACCAAAGUUAUUUGAAUCUAGGUCAAGUCUGAAUUCAACUGUUGGGUUUAACUGCCAUAAUAACCUGUGAGAGCACUAUGCUGUACCCCUCCAGCUCCCAUCAGCCAGAAAGUACAGACAUAAUACAGCCAAUCUUGUUCCACUUAGGAAUAAUCAUCUUCUUACCUGCGGGCUCCACUGGAGCUUUGACAAUUACUACAGCAACAAGACCAAAGUAUAGAUGCCCUCGGUUGCUGUUUCAUCUUAAGUCCUUCAUAAUGAGACUCAAACUGAGGCAACAGGAAUCACUUAAAGCUGCGAGCUGUUGUGCUCUCUGCCUGGAAGGUCAGCGGCCAUGUGAGAGAAAGCCGACAUCCUGUUAUUAGAGAGGGAGAGGGAAAAAAUAUGGUGAAGGAGGUACAGGAUGAGUGGGGGGAUGAUUGAAGAUCGAAGAAGAGAAGAGGAUAAGGGGUGCCUGAUUGGAUGAAAAUCAAAGUGGGGAAAGACCUGAGGUUGAAAUUUAGCCUCAGACCUUUUAGUUUGAGAUGCGGGACAUAUGAGCUCAUUCUAAUAACUGUACUUUUUUCUUCCAGAGUGAGACCAUGGCUGGAGUUCUGGCUGGAUAAAGUCACAGGAUGCUGUCUUAUGCCUUAUGAUUAGAUGGUGAGUGGAGCUUUUAGGUACUCAGCGUCCUUUUUCUCGUCUUAAAAAUGUUCAUAGUCAAACUUCAACACACUGUUAAAUGUUCGAUAUAAAUCCCAAACUCUGACAUAAGAUCACAAGUCGUUCCACUUGAUGGUUCAAAUCAAUAAUAUCCUGAAGAAAGUGAUAUCCAAAGCUAAAAGCUGUAUUGAUCAGGUAUGAUUUUCCUGCAUUUGAGAUACUAUUUGACAGAGCUGAUUUUGUGUAUGUGUGUGUGUUUGUGUGUUUUGGUAUCAUUAUGCCAUCUUGGCAGCAAUUUGCUUCCAAAGUGGCAGCUAAUUGACUUUCUUGCUGAGCAUGUGGAUGUCUGUGUAAAAUAACCCACAGUGGCUAUAAUAGAUCCUGUUUUCUCCACUUGAGUAUCAGGCGAGACAGAGGGACUGUCCAACAAAUGGAGCUCUGAGAAGGAACAUUCGAUAGAGAGUAGUACAUUUCAGAAACUGUACAGAGCUUAAAUUUCAGCAGAAAGAUUUACCAUAGCAGGACAGAUAUAUCACAUACUUAAUCUACAUAUGAAACAUUUUAAAAUUUUUGGUGAUUUCACGUAAAAUUACCGACUAUAUUAUGAAAAUCAGAAUCAGAACAGAAUCUCUGUUAGGCUCUGCAUGUUUGAAGAUACACUGUAUAUUUCCCUCCUUUUAUUUCAACAGUGAGCAGGCGUGCUCUGCCGUUUAAUAAGCAUUCCUUUUACACUAAGCAAUGAACUUGCCACUACACGACCUAUCAUAAACAGCAGAAUAUGCUGACACAGCUCAAAUGCAGAGUCUGGGUGUACAGCCGGGAGCCGGCCACAUGCAGGGUGCAGAAACAAAGACAGAAUAGGGUUACUAUACCAGGUACCAAGACGAUAGAAGACUCAGUUAGGACUUUACAUGACGCUCUGUGACAGUUAACUGCUGGUAGGAAAGGAAAGAGGACUGAAGGCAAACACUGCUUCAAGUUGGAGAGUGACUCACUCACACCUAUGAAGAAUGUCAAGAAUCUGUUAGAGUUCACACUGUGUCGUCAUCUGGAGCUGGAUCCUGCACAUAAAAGCCAGCUGUGUGUCUGUGUAUCUUUAGAGAAAAAGGGUAUACAGACAGCUAUGAUAUAUAAGUAUCUUAAGAAUUAUUCAACUGUGUUUUAAGAUUGCUACAGGACCAAAAUUUGAAACUUAAUAGUUCUUUUGAGUGGUCAAUGUGAUAUUGCCUAAACAAUAGAAAUAGGUUGAUUAAUUGGGCUGAUUGGCAUUUUGAGAUAAUCAGCAUUGACCCUCACAAGGCCAAUAUUGCCAUUAUCUUGCUGAAUGACAAACACUACAUCUGCAUUUAUUUAAUAAAAUAUUCAAGUUUUUCAUUUGAACGUGUUAUAUUGUAUUAUAUUGUUGUAGUUCUUUUGUUGAAUUCAUAUAAAAACAAAACAGAUAAACAAGAAACAAUGUGUUGUUGGCAUUAUAUCGCCUGCUCUCUUUGUAUUGGUAUUGGCAUCUGGCUUUAAAAAAUUGAUAUGGGUCUCUCACUAUCCAAAUUGUUUUCUUCUUUAUUUUCUAAGGUACUGCCAAAAAUCCAACAAGGCUUAUACUUGUUCUGAUACUACAACUAGUGGUCGACUGAUUAUAGUUUUUCAAUGGCUGAUACCAAAAAGCAGGUCUGCCGAUGGCUGAUACUCAAUGCAGAUAUCACGUUGUUUUAUUUUCUGUCUUUUUAUUGCAUUUGACACAGUACAAUUAAACAAAACUAACAAAUAUGAAACAACGUUGCUGAACAAAAUUGAACAUUUUAUUCGAUGACAGUGGGUAGAAAAAUACUUUGCGAAGUACAAUAUUACCACAUUUAUUUUGGAAGUCGGUCCAGCAAUCCUAAAUGAUCAGAAAUUGAAAAAAAUAAAAUUCUAAAGUUAAUAUUUCGGUUAAGAUUCAUAAAAAUUGACCUUUUAUUUCAUGCAUUUCAAAAUCAAAUAAUCAUGGUAAUCUUAGCCAGUUACAUUUUAAGAAACACAAUGGAAAUCUCAGUCUUGUGAGGGCUGAUGUUGGUAUGAUACCGAUUACCAAAAGAUAUCAUUUAUUGGCCCACUUGAUCAGCCAACUUAUUCACCAGUCUAUCUCUAACUAUAACAAGCUGCCUUCUCUGCACUAGCAUUGUGUACAGUACAGAAAAGAUAACUAAUCAUCUUCACAUUUAAUGCUGUUUAUCCUUGCAGUUGUUUGCACAUAAACGCUCAUUGGCCUUUUUCUCCUUGUGCUCAUCCUGUUCCUCUGCUUUACCAUCACACAAACCUGCACACUCUCCCUAGCAGUGUUAAACAGCACUGUACUGCUGCUACAAUACAAUACACAACACAACACAACACAUCACAACAAAACACAACACAACGACAGUACAGCAGUCUGUACUUAACGCAUUUUGCGGCAUUUGCAACUACUUUGCACUCCCAAACUUUGUUGCAUCCAUACUUUGGGAAAAAAGUCCAGAUUGCCAGUCCAGCGCUUUCCUCCUCAUGUCCAUGCAACUUAAACUGAGAGGUGUUUGGGGGCAGAGCAGACCUUGUUGACAAGGAGGGGAGGGUGUGUCAUAUUGUGACUGAAAUUGAAAUUUGAUUGAUUGCCCAGCCUUACAAAGUACCAGUCAGCAUGUUAGCCGCCUCUCCAACUUUGUGGUUUAUUAAGAAAAGACAGGUCAGCAAGACCACCCAGAAUCCCAAGAUCAUCACCUGUUCCAGCUGAAAGGGUAAAACCCGAGAUCCAGCACUCUUCUUCUCUGUGUUGGUUCAGCAACAUACCCAGCUGUGACUCAGCGUGUUAUUUGGCUGAAAUCAUCUUGGCUCGACUUUAAUGGAGUACAUUUCACGAAGCUUGCUUUCUUUUCUGCGACUUCAUAGUUCAAAAAUGGUUAUAUCUGUGUGAAGGAGAGGUUUUGAGUUUCAGCACCCUCAGAACCCAUCAGUAUGAUGUCCCCAGAGAGUUGAAUCUUUCAACAGACUAAUCUGCAAAGCUUUGUUCUGAAAUUUUGCGCGUCUGCUCUACUGUAGGCCUCCCCCUGCACCGUAUCUGAUUCUGCAAUUGAGCCUCACACUUGUCUUCAAAAUAACAAGUGACAGGCAGUGCCACUCUGACUGUGAGAGGAGAUGGGGAAACAGAUGAAAUCAAUUUCUGUCUUGUUCGUGUUAUUUUCCCGUUGCCCAGCUCUGUGAUUCUGAUGACAGAUUGUGAAAUAGGUUUCAGAUGCGCCUUUUUCUUUCUUCUCCCCCACAGAUUUCAGAGAGGGCAGAGGUCAUGUGGAGUUAUACCUGUGAGGCCGUCUGCCGGGAAAUGUGCUGACAUCAGAGCUUUGUAUUUUAAACAAGAGGGAACAAGAAAGAUCAGGACGAUGCUACAGUGACAGUACAAAAGAAACUGUGUUUGCAUAGAUCACAUCAGGUGAGUGUCAUCUUUUAUCAGCGUUAUGCUAAUCAGUCAGGUCAUUUCAGACACACAUCCUGGAAAAGCUGGACUAUUAUAGAGUAUCACACCACCGGAAAUGUGAAGCUGAAAUAGCUUUUAACUGUGAAAUGAAAACUUUUACAGGUAUAAAUAUAAGGGGGAACUUAAGUGUAUUAAAGUUUUGGUGAUGUUUUAGAUGUGUAAACUCCCUUAAGUUUGGGAUUUGAUUAGGCGUGGCCAUGUUCAGAUGUUUUGUAUCACAACUGCUCAAAUAAUUCAAUGAACAAAUCACAGUUUCAUUUUGUUUUGAAUUAUAACAUGGCUAGUUUCUGCUGUUUAUGUCUCAAUUCACACAGCAGCUGCUUCCCCCUGAUGUCAUCUUAGGAUAGGAAGUUCAGCUGCUGUAAUUGUUCCGAUCACCAGUGUGCAAGCCUGGGAAAUCCCUGAAAAGACAGGACUCUGACCUUUUUUUUAACUUAAUGUUACUCUCCCGCUGAUCAGCAACUUGACACACAUGUUUGAUACAAUCCAGAAAGAUAGACCAUGUUUCAAAUCAAAACAAAGCAUUUGAUAACAGCUAACAUUUGCACAUAAUGCUUUUUAAAGUUUUUUAAUCAGUUUUUUAAUUUAUCAAUUUAUUAUUUUUUUAUGAAUCAUUUUUUUCUAUGGUAUCAAAAAAUUUUAAAAAAUAAUAAUAAUUUCCCAACAACCAAUUUUGUGUGAGCUGGUAAUAUUACUUGUUGGGAUGUCAUGCAGCAGUGAGUUGCUUGUGAGAUACCCAUUUUUAAAACUUGGAACUAUUAACUGAUUGUCUUCUCAGAUCAGUCCAAAGUCGAAAAAAAAACAAGGAUGUUUUUUUAAUUGCUAUGUGUUAAAAUGUACCAUCCAUCCAUCCAUCCAUCCAUCCAUCCAUUAAUACCAAAAAACCACCCAACUUUGAAUACAUCCAUCCAUCCAUCCAUCCAUCCAUCCAUCAUCCAAACAUCAUCUAUCCCUUCAACCAUCCAACAUCCAUUGAUGAUACAUCAAAUCAUCCAUCCAUCCAUCCAUCCGUCAUCCAAAUUUCAUCUUUCCAUUCAACCAUCCAACAUCCAUCCAUUGAUACCAAAAAACCAUCCAACUUUGAAUCCAUCCAUCCAUCCAUCCAUCAAUCCAUCGUCCAAAUAUCAAUGAUCGAUUCAACCAUCCAACAUCCAUCCAUUGAUUCCAAAAAACCAUCCAACUUUGCAUCCAUCCAUUCAUCCAUCCAUCCAUCCAUCCAUCGUCCAAACACCGUCUAUCCAUUCAACCAUCCAACAUCCAUCGAUGAUACAUCAAACCAUCCAUCCAUCCAUCAUCCAAAUAUCAUCUAUCCAUUCAAUCAUCCAGCAUCCAUCCAUUGAUACCAAAAAACCAUCCAUCCAUCCAUCCAUCAAUCCAUCCAUCCAUUCAAAUUCUCUCAACCUGACGAUGGGGUCCGAUUAAACCUUUUGUAUCCUAAUUCUCCAUGAGAGAAGCACUGAGUUCCUCUUAGGUAGUUAAAAUAGCGGAGGAAAACUGCAGCUCAUCUGGCAAACUAAGAGCACAACCAGCAAACGAUCAUCACAUUUAUGACAUCAAUACAGCACAUUUUUUGCCACCACCAUAAUGUCAAAGGAAAAUGGCCACUGAGUGAAUAUGAUGAAUGGUCAGGAUUGUCAGUUGUUGACCACUGUUGUCUAUUUUUGACUGCAGGAGUUCAGGGCAGGCUAUGUUUGGGCUAUUUGAGUCAGGGAUUGUGGCUGGAAAGAGUUGAGCUCUUAAAUAAUGUAGCAUCAGCUAAUGUCACAGAGCAAACACUUGGCAUGUAAUUUAUAGCAUUGAGAGCAAAUGGGGCCAUCUGAGCUAGCUUAGCAUGUUGAUGCUUAUAGCUACGAAGUACGAUAGACGUAGAAGCCGGAAACCCAGAAUGUUCAGGACUAGGGAGAGGCUAAAAGUACAACAUGGUUAAAACUUUGAUGACAAAUGAGGGAAUCUUAGCUUUUAAUUCAUGUUUAUGCUCUCUAUGACAUUUUGCUCACCACUUAGGGAUCAGAUGCAAGAUCUGACUCUCAUGUAGCAGGGCCUUUGCUUCUUCAUCUGUCACUCAGGAGGUCCAGACAUUAAGUUGAAGGCUAUAGAUGCUUGUGCACAGCACCUGAAAUACAUCAGCACUACAAGGGUGAUGUAGAAAGUUUUAAAAAGUUGAUCUUCCAUGCCUGUGCUGAUUUGAGGAAUGGCUAAACACACAUUGUUACAAGUGAAAGCCAUAAUUCCUGCAGCUUUUAAAAGCUGAAACCAUUACAACUGACAAAACAGUCAUCACUCCAUCCUAUUCUACAGUGUCUUUGUGCAAACAUUCAACUGAGUGUAUUUCCAGCUUCUACAGUAAUGUUUGUCUCCUGAGGGCACACUGCUCUAACUGGAAACACGCCUCACUCACACACACUCAAAUUCACACUGUCAGACACAAUACUGCAUCACAUUGCGAUCCCUGUCAGGUUCUGGCAUUAGCUGCAGGAUUAGUCAGCCAGCCAAAACAGGUGACAGGUGACAAACUCAUGUCAACACUUCAUAAAGAGGACUUGAACAUGGGAUUAACUGAAUUACUCUUGCAAACAAAAGGUGCGUCAUGUUACUGCAGGAAGCAUGUCAGUUUGCAGUAGUUGUAUUUGCUGUUUAUAUCUCUGUCUGUCACGUUCCUGGCUUCAGCUUGUGACAGCUGCUGUUCUUUGUUGAAACUGUUUGGCUCUAGUUGUCAUGAUUUUCCAGACUUUUCCCUGUGACAUUUCAAAUACUCUUUCUGUUUAUUUUUGUCCAGCUCUCCUGCUGUUUGGACAGAUAUAAUUUGUCAUGUUUGGAGCUCAUAUAGGUGUCUCCCCUUACUUUGAAAAUAUCAAACUAAAGAUGCUCAAACCUGCUCUGUUGCUAUAAAUACUGCCACAUAAACUGGCAUCAGGCCCAGUACAACUCACCUAUAUAGAAGUGUUUGUAGAUGUAAUGAAGUUAUGUCAAUUAUUUCCUGUGUUUGUAAUAGAGGGGCUAACACAGAAGCCUAGGUUACAGACAUCCUUAAAUAAAUAAGUAAAAGUUGGGUUGGGCCUGGCUUUGAGUGACGGAUAAAGAAAAAAAAAGAAUUAGCUAAAAUGAGUAUGCCUGAUCAGCACCGCAGCGCUGUAUUACUUUGCAUUCGAGAUAUAUCACAUGAACUAUAACCAUAGACAUACUGAUUUUAGCCCUUAGACUUUGCCUGGUUGGCAAAAACAUGUGGAAUUAUAGUUCACCCUGUUGUCUUUAUAGAUAUGUGGGGCACUUUUCUGCUUUUCAAAUCUACUUUUGAGCUGGAAAAACAGGUUGGCCACACCAAUCACUCAUUCUUCCUUCAUCUUUAGUCACAGUUUUCUUCAGUGUGAGAAGACACCAGUUCCUGUCCUAGUCUUUCCAAGUCCGGCCCUCCUCUGUAGCUCUGAGAGCUCUAGGUAGUGGAGAAGACCAGAUCAGAUUACAACAAAAAGAAAGCAGGAGGGGAGUAGCAGCGAGCUAACCUGCUGCUGUCUGGAUUGUUAUUGCAGGUGUUCCAGAGCAGUCACAGCUGUUAAUUACCACAGUGCAGCAGCACACAUGGAGCUGCAGCUCAGCUGCGCAUGAAUGGCCUUGUACAAGUGCAUGUUGGUAUGUUAGCAUGCCCAAAAACACAGAUCAGGAUUUGAGGAUCAGGGAGUAAAUGCUUUCUCACUGUUACAGAACCCUUUGGUUGAAUCUUGUAUUUGUUUUGGAAUUUAUUUUUGUAUGUGUAUUUGUAGAAGACUUCUGCUAAGCUGAUUACAAUCUUUGACAUCUUUGUACAGUUUAUUGAACUUUUUUAACUUUGAGAAUUUUCAUAAUCUGUGCUGUUUGAGGGGCAUGUGACUGUAAGGCAAUACUGGUUGUCAUAUACAUUGAUUUCAAAUUUGGGAUCAAUGUUGACUUUUAUCCCUUUUCUGAAAUGCUUACUGUGCAACCAAAAACACAGAUUUAUCUAUAAAUAGGCAUUAGCCAAGCAGCUGAAGAAACAGACCUUUGUUUUUUUACAUUUUCCACAUAAUAUUUACACAAAAACUGAAAAAUUGUGACUCUGAGAAGUCAUCACAUGAUACGAUUCAAGCAAAGACUGCUUUGUUUACGAGAGGCAGCAAAGUUGGCACAAACCAAAAGUUCCUCACAGGAGCUUUAAUUUUAGUUAUGUCACCUUGAUAAACCAACAUCACUGCUUAUUUGUUGCUAUGUGAUACUGGACUAUUAGUUGUGGUAAUUUUCUUUGUACAUCAUCUUUUUAUAUAGGGAUCUGCAGACUUCUAAUCCUUGUUUGUCAGAAUAUUGUCUUUUCUUUAAUGUUAGUUUAUCUGCUUUCCAACACUCCUCAACCACAGCAGCAUAAGGGUGAUCAGUGUUCCCUGUAAGACGUUCUAAUUUGAGGAAAUUGAGCGAAAUGUGUAGCUGUUAAAUUCAGCAACUGUUUUUAAAUUGAUUCACCUCAAUCUGCAUCUCUAAUCCGCUACGACAAAAACAGCACUGCGUCACAAGAAUGUCUCUGUUUUUGAGUACACUCCCUUCCUUUUUAUGAGAUGUGUGUGUGCCUGUGUGUGUCCACGUUUGUGUCGGUGAACAGCUGUUCCUCUUUGCCUCCACCUGUGUAAUGUGGCUUUGAACAACGCAACAGUAGCUCUUUUGUAUUAUUUGUGAAAGUUGAGUUAAUUAAAUGGUACAGGUUGUGAGUACCUGAUGUGGAAGAUAAGCGACUUUUGUCUCGAGUGCUGACAUCUUGCGGCUUUAAUGCUUUUCCUGAUUCACAUCUGAGCUGCUUGUUUGACACACUCGAGUAGUUUUUCAACAAUUAAGCUCUGUUUUCUACUUCUGGACACAAGGUGGUCGAGCCGGUGGGUGUUCCCCCACAUUUGGGAACUUGUGUUUAUUUUAUUUUUCGAAAGUGCUGCAAAUUAAGCAGUAGGUAACCUUGGGCGGACUGUUCCAUACAAGUGGGUAAAAGAGCGGGAAGGGGCAAAGAAGCUGAGAGCUGAGAGAGAAAAACCUCAAAUGUGAAAAUGACUGGAACUCCAAGGGUUUUCAAAACAGAGCCCAAAGAUUUCAUUACACAUACCUGGACAACUGAGGGCAUGGAAAAACCCCUCCCUUCAUGCACACAUGUGCACACACAGAUACACACUGAACAGCUGGGCUAGUCUGAGAAAUAAUAAGAAUAAUGUAAACUAAAUAAAGCAGAGACGACUCCCAGCCGACAGAGCCAACACGUGUUAGCUUCAGAAAUAUGCAGAAACCCGGUCAUCAAUCACAGACGGGCGGCCCUCAGUCUCGCUGACAGGCUCCGACAGAUUGGAGGCAGAGAUCUUUGGGCUGGUGGCGGCUUUGUUUCCAGACUUGACUGCAACUCGUCUUGAGUGAUGUUUCGUUGGUACUCAUCCAGGGGCGGUGGAGAUCGACUGACGAACAGGCGGCAACAUUGCAGAAAAGCUAAUGCACUUGUCAACAAUAUUUUAUGGUUGUGUUCUUAAUGUUGUUAGAGUUGUUUUAUUAAAGCUGCGGAUCAAACCAUUCCUUUAAAAGUGCUGUGGGAAUAUUCCCACUAUGGCUCAACAGUCUACUGGUUACAGUAUAACUGCAGGCGUUAAAUUGGCCUAAACCAAGCAAAACAGAGCAAACGGGAGGCAGACAGUCCUGAGGGGCCAAGCUGGAGUUUAGUCUCUAAAACUGAACCUUCAGCAGGGUUCAGAAGGACAAGGAGGGAUCCAGGGAUGUUGGGAUAGAAACGGGGAGUAGGGGGGACCCCUUACAAAGACAAAGCCCUCCGGGGUCCUACUCUGAGAUCCAGCUUCGUCUGUGUAAACAUGUCUGGAAUGACACUUUCUGUAUAUGUGUGUGUGCGUGUGUGUGUAUGGUGGGGGGUCAGUUCUAAUUCUUGUAAAGCUAUGGUAUAUGUAUCUGGAAAAGUGAAGAGGAUGGAAAAUUUGAGCUGAAGAAGGUAAUUCAUUUUCUGUCAUCCAGCAGUUCUUUACCUGCUGAUACAGACCUCUCAAGAAGGUUUUAAACUUGACCAUGUAGCUCCUCUUUUUUAGAUUUUCUACCACACCACAGAUCAUGGUUUCCAAGACAUUAGCAUAAAACAGUCUGUAGGAGCCAAAUAUGUUGCUGUGAUACAUAUUAUGAGUUGCAGUUCACUUUGUGUGCCUUGGGUGUUGCUGUCUUGUUAUCUGGGGGCUCAGGGAUAAAGGUAGUCGUGUCACUGUUGUGGCAGGUGUUGGACCCGGAAGGGCAAAUGGUUUUUGACCAUUGUGGCGCUAACUACCAGCAAUAAAAUUUAUGUUUGUUGAAUCCGAGGAACAGCGUCCAAUAAUCCAGCGUUUCAAUAAUCAUCACAACUCACAGUAAAACUCAGUAGCACGGCGCAUCAACCAGGUUACUCCAGGUCAAGCAUCUCAGUAGCUUAAAGUAUCGACUUAGCUCCUAUACAGUCUCUUUGGUUAGCCCAGAUCAUCUUGAGUAUGAUGCUAACAUGGGUUAAGUAGUUUUUAAUUUCAUGGCUGUCUUGUAGGAAAUAGUAGUUUGAUAGUUUGGUUAAUCCCUUCAUUUGUUUUAAUAUUGUGUGAUAAAUUUGAAGACUGUAGCCAUUGCUAGAGCGAAAAAACCUUCAUAAUGAGUCCAAUCAGACUGUUUAAAAGUCUGCCUACUACUGCAAAACUUGGUCAGCGAACACUUUAUGUUUAAUUUUUUUUAGACUUUCUGUGAGUUAUGAUUGUAUGAACAAAGCUAGCAUCGCUUUCUUCAAACUUUGUCCAAUCUUUAUGCUAGGCUAACCCGCUCCUUUGUUUUUCUGGCGCUCGGACAUGAAAGUGGAAUAAUUAUCUGUCUGUAAGGGUGCGGUGCUUGAACUUUUUGGGAUCUCUCAUUUCAGUUGAUUCCCAAGAAACCCAAGCGGGCUGUAUAUCUCCUCUCCACAGAGACAAGUUAAAACUGUUGCUACAGUACAAACAGAGUUCAUCAUCAUCAUUAUGCGUCAACCCCCCCUGAGAGUUGAAUGAACGUCUCACUGCAUCCAAUCGUUUCUUCACCCACUGUCUGUCUUUAUUAGACACAAGGAGACCAGACAGCUGUGCCUGGUCUUCAUCUUUCUGCGCUGCACAAGGAUGCAUGUGUGCCUUUGAGAUAGAUCUGGCAUAAAAAAUUAAUCUUAUGUGGCUUGUUUGACUGAGCGUGCUGUCUCCCUGCCUCGCUCUCUGAUCUUGACGUCGGGCCUAAAAGGGCCAUCAUCACUGAGAAAUGUGGCGCUCUUUGAUCACUGUGAUGACCAGUGAGGGUGCAGGAUUUAUGUGCUGCGCUGAAAGGAAAACAUGACGAUCCAAUCUAAUGCCGAAUGAAGAGUUAAGCGUGACCAAACACGACCGAAAAUUUACAUACACAACAGCCUGUUUAUCAUCUAUGCAAGAUUGACAGCUGCAAAAACGCUGCCAGUACUUAAACGCCACUUAGCUGCGAGGAGACCCUUACUUUAUGAGAAACACAAAGAAUAAAUUAGCACUUGUGACUUCACCAUGAAGGCCAAGAGCCACUCAUGACUGUCAUAAACAAAUAUGAACCAUAAUGGGAGGAUAAUUGCCUGCCAUGUCUGUUUACAUUCUUUGACGCAGGGACCUUAGAUAGCAGCUCAGCAGAUCACAAGAAAGUCAAAACUGCUGAUUAACAUCCUCUAAAAAAUGACUCACUUACUGUAAGAGAUCACGCUGACAUUUAGUGACAUUUAACCUAGUUCUCAGUGAGCUUAAAAGUAGUAAGCAAUCCCUGUGCACCGUCCUCACAUAAAUGAAGAACAUAUGAGGAGAGGGGACGGGGGGGUCACAUGGUCACAUUUUGAAGCUAGCCCUGUUUGUUUGGUUUCAGAUGAUAUGGCUCUAAUAUAAUUUGUUUGUUUUUGGCGACUAUGAAUUUUAACUCUUAGUUUGAACAAAAGGUAAAAAAAUAAAUCAAUAAUUUCAAAGUAACCAUAAAAAUCCUGGAGUGACCUUAGUGCGAACUGAACUAUCUAUAGCUCCAGUUUAAUGAAGUCGUUUCACAUUGACGAUCUAAAAGUGUGUAAAAGUUCAAUCCCAGAGUCCUGAAUGCCACUUGGGACGUCUUCGAAAAGGGCAGUCGCCAAAUAUAUCCAGGACACAACUGGAAUGCAUGAAAGUUAUAUGCUUAAAAUUUUUGCAAAGCAGCAUCACAUCAUUUGACACUGUGGCCGACUGAUGAUUUCUCUAAGGUAACAACCAAGGAAGAGAUAUCUUUAUAUAGCACAUGCUUUAAGAACCGCACCUCACUCUCACUCCUCUGCAUUCAUAUUUACAAUCUUGCAUCAGUCUUGGACACCAGCGUGAAGAUUCGGCUGAACAGAAACAGAAGUCUUCUAUAAAGACCUGGAGAACCGGGGGAAAUGGUCAUCCAUCAUGAAUAGCAUGUGAUGACAUCUCUGACCCUGUGUCCUCUCUCUUUCUCUUUCUCUGUUUCCCUCUUUCUCUCUCUCUCUCUCUCUCUUUCUGACACACGCAUAGAGUGCUGCUUGUCUGGCUGCCAGCGCUUCACCUCAGGUCACAUUGUUUCCUCAUUUAGGUCCAUUCAUCACUUUACGUCCAAGCAGGGAGAGAAAAAAGUUUGCUUUUACCUGUCUUACACAUUGACUUUUUCACCUUUAUAAAAAUUUACAGUUAGAUUUCAUAUAUCUUCAUGAUACAAUUUAAUAAUAGAGCAUUGACAAUAGGCCAAAGUACAGAUAAUGAAGGUGAAAGCAAUUUUAUUUUCAAUCCAAAAUGGGAACAUUUGGAGUGUUUUUUCUGAAUUCAUAAAAAAUAAAUUUGAAAGCAUCAACUAGAUGUAAUACUCAAGGAGAGAGUCACAGAGAGUUCACUAAAAUGUCAGCAGAAACACAAAGAAACCUUCCCGAGGCAUACCUGAAGAGAUGAGAUGCUGACCUCUGACCAGUCUGACCAGACUUUGAUAGACCUCUCCUCCCACUCAAAAUGCCUGAAGCAGGGUGUGUAUGUAGGCAUCAAAUAUACACUACAUCUGGAAGCCCUGUGGACUGAGCCACAGCAGCGAUCCAAAGAGGUAUCCCUUUAUGUUGUGGCACAAUCCACAUACUGUUCACAUGUCCUCAAGGUCUUAUUAAAAUUACAGAUUUAAGUUCCCCAAGAUAAACUUAGGUGCCUCUAGGCAGAUAAAAUCCAGUUAGUUUGUAAUGUUAGCUACUAGCUGGGUAGCUGCUGACGUGUUAGCUUGCAGGUGAAUAUAUACACAAAUGUAAAGAGCAGUUGUUGAAAUUGUUUAGGCAGAUAAUACGGGCAGGGAGAGUGAGAUUUAAACGAAAAAAAUUAUACUAUGACAAUACCAAGUAAAAUGUAAGUGCUACACAGCACAUGAAGAUGUGUUAUUCUCUGUUGGUCAAAACAGGAACAUUUCACCCAAGUGUCAGUGUGACAUUUUUGGUCGAAAUCCUCCUCAGGGGAACUCUCUUUUUUUCACAAACUCUUGUGGUGACUCCUCUUUUCCUCUCUUUACACAUGUACUCGACUUUAUCUGCGAGGCCCAGUAAUCCACCACAGCUGUCUUACUGUAAAUACAAUUAACCCCAGUAAUUGUGUGAUGUUGACUUUGGGUUUGGUACACUUUCUCACUGACUGCCGGUAGCUCCUGAUCUCCAACGAUGACAUCAUGGGUUUCAAGUUGCCCGCUGUGGCUUCACUUCCCAGGGGGGUCGGGGUGGGGGGGUCUGAGUGUGGGCACGGAGAGCUGAUCCAUGAAGUGAAUAGACACUCUCAUCCCCCUCCCCCCUGCUCAAACACACAUGCACACACACACACAGUGGAAUGACCUCUGCCACCUCAGUCUAAGCCCGGAGUUUGUUAUUGUCUCAGUUAUGAUGUGUUGACAGAUGAGGCAGAUGUGUGCUCCCCUGAAGUAGUAAGUUUGUCCAUGUUUUAAGAAAUAAAAAAAAGCUUUGGAUUAAGUUGAGUUAAAGCAAUUAUUUGACAGGAUUACCAUCAGGUUAGAUAUUCCCAGUUCCCAGUUCUGUGGAUGUAAGCGGCGUGUGUGGGUCUGCUUGCACUUUUAGUUCUUUUUCAGAUUUUCUUUUACUCAGGUGAUAGAAACAGAAACAAUAACAAAAUGUUGCACUUGAGAAAGGAAGCUUCAAGCUAACAUACUGGAAUGCUGCCAUGACUUAAGGUGGGUCUUUAGCCUUAAGGCAAACUGCUAUAAGGCCACCCAUCUGUCAUCUCAGCCAUGCCCCCAACUAAUCAUGUUAUGACCAAUUGUCAAAUAUUUUGUCGGUCCAUGUCAGGGCUGUUUUGGUCCUGAUCUGAUGAGACAUAGACUCCACCAGUCCUCUAAUCAUGUGAUGUCUUGCACCAAAAUGUUGGCAGCGGAUCCUCCAUUGAUUUGUCUACUUUGCCCAGCACAUCCCACAGACCCAUUAUUGGAUUUAGAUCUUGGGAAUCUGAACCACUGUCUUCCAUGGUCCAGUUCUUAUGCACAAUUUCCCACUGGUGUUAGUUUUCAGUAAAGGUCGAGGCCAGUAUGAACAGCCUGACUGGUCAGCAGCCCAUAUGCAACAUACUGGGAUGUACGUCGUGUCCUGACACCUUUUUGUCAGACAGGUUUGAGUUCCAGUAGCUUUUCUGUUGGAUCAGGCCAUAUUGGCCAGCCUGAACUCCCCGUGCACAUCAGUGAGCCUUGGCUUUCUGUGACCCUGCUAGUGGUUCACUGGUUUUCUUUCCCUGGACCACUUUUGGUAGGUACCCCCCAAGUUGUGUAGAUGUUUUAACUCAGGUUGUUUGGCCAUCACAACUACGCCUUCAUCAAAGUGGAUUUCAACUUCAAACUUCAAGGACUUCAUGCUUUAUAAACCAGACUGCAAGCAUGUUAACUUUGUCAGGGAAAAAGCUUAUAAUAUAUUUUUUUUAGUUUUUGUUGCAAGUAAGUCCCUUAAAGACUUCAGGGAAUUACAUUUUUUCAACUUCUGCUGGACCUUCAUUUUCCGGUUGCUAAGUUGCAGUUUGGGAAUUUUAAAAAGAAAAUACAGUAACCAAAGCAAACAUGUUCUUAAAAGUGCCAUUAUUUUUUAUGAACAAAGGAAUUUUUAACAAAGGUUAGAAAUCAAGAACAAUUUUGACAUUUGCUUUCCUACUAUCAAAAAAGAAAGGAAAAAAAAAAAGAAAAAAAAUUGCGAGGCAGGACCUCUUGCCCACAACUUUCUGCUGUGUUGGUCUCCUGAAUUUUUCCCAGUCUGUGCAGAGCAUGCUCUCUCAGUUCACCUCAGUAAGUGUCAGUCAUUCUGUCAAUCAUCUGUUUGGGUUAUUUUAAAGUCACUGGAGCCUGCAAAGUCAACCUCCUCCUCUGGGAUGUCAAAUAAGCAACAUGGGCCAGCUUUUCCUCUGUCUCGCAGUUUCAUUUUUCCAGCUCUUACAUGGACACACCUGGCAAAGGGCUUGCAGCGACUGGAACCUAGAAAACACACACACAUAGUAUAUGCAUCCUUAACACUACGGCAUCUCCAAGGAAGUGCUGCUUUUCCUAGCUUUCAAACAUCCAUGUUUAAACCUCAGAGCUGUGUGUAAAUCAGUGCUGGUUGGUUCUUGUUUGUCCCUCUGACAGCAGAGCUGGAAAGUUUUUGCAAUGUGACAGAAAACUUUAAACACCUGAGGAUUUGACACACUUAAAAACAAGGUCUUAAAAGAGGGAUCUGUCUCUAAUCCUUUAUUGAUCCCACAUAGACAGGCUGUCUGGUGGACUCACACACUGCCAUACCUACAGGUCAUGCUUGUUGAACUUCUAACUAUAGAAGCAACAUACAGGCAGAGACUGACAUGAGGCACAUUUAAUGACUCAUAAUGGUGUUGUAAUUCACGUCCAGAAUGACAGAGUUGCUCAUUUAUGGUCUAGUUUAAAUGUCAGUCCCAGAAGUCCAUGCAUUAUGAGCUUGUUGUAUGUAAAGCCUGUGUGUUUAAGGACAUCUAACUGCUACUAGCACACAGCUUCUAACAUAAAAAGGUAAACUGUACUCAGGAGAGAAGUCAGCAAAGUUAAAAUUGGCAGACAAAUUAAUACUUUGGAUAAAUUGAACCUGACAGCUUCAGAUUUUUUAAUGGUCUUAUGGCGGAGAUAUCCAGCAGUGUGGUUGAGUAUUUUGAAUCAGAAUUAUGAUUGGUCUGUCCCAGGAAACUGGAUAAAAUAACAAACACAAAAAAAGCCAAAAACAGUAGUUUGGGAACCCAAUGUCCUGUCCUCUACCUGGUCUGAUGCUAACUGGAAUAAACGAAAUAGAUUUUUUUUUUUAUCUGUUGUAUUAAAUCUUUUGUUUUAACAGAAAAGGGGGACUCAUGUAACUAUGGUUAAGCCAAUCUGUCUUUUUGGGCCCCAAUUGCUAUUUUAAUUUUUAUUUUUUUAGACAUACUUGAUUACAAAAUCACAAAUUCUUUUGUGUUGUAUGUAAGUGCCAGAGUCACUAUGAGAGACUGCAUGUACUGAAGUCUGUGCAUGAUUCAAUAGUCCAGUCCCCUCUCAGCUUCUCAAGCUUCUGAAUUUUAAUGUUGAUUUUUUUUCCUCUUGUUUUAUUGAAUCUGUUCUCAUCUGUAACCUGGCACAGGUCACUUAGUGUGAGAAAUGGAAACAAACUGCAAGGCAUUGUGAACAAACGUGAAAGAACUGCAGGUCUGACCCCACCUAAUCUUACAUACCCGUGUGUAGACAAGUCAUUGAGAGAGGCCCUGUCCAUCCUUGCCGAUCAUAGAUAUCCUCUGUUUACAGAGUUCAAGUUGCUUCCUUCAGGCCAAAGAUACAGCCUGCCUUCAUGCAGGACUAAGAGAUAGAGAAUCUCAUUUGUUCUUAGCUGCUAAUGGCUCCUUGAAUGACUAUCUUGGUACAAAUAGAACAAAUACAAGGGCUGUUGGGCCAUUGUCAUACACAAGGGGUUGCAAAUGCUAAUAUUACAGACUGUCCUGUGCUGAGUUAUACCUUUUUGUGUAUCUGUCCCUGAAGAGUUAAGCUGUGGUGAAGUGGUUCUUGUUUCUGGAGUCUGGUUGGCUAUACGUGUGAAUAAAGUUCAGGCAGUGCCUGGAUUUCAACAACAAUGUCCUGAUCCAUUUAUUCUUUUCAUUUAAACCAAACUUGUCAUUGUUUUACUGUCAAUCUUAAAUGUCUCCUUUAUGAAGUUAAAAAGCAAAGAGUCAGCAUUAACAAUUUUUUUAUUGAAAGUGCAUUGCAGAAUCCAGAAAUAGUACAUCGUUUUAAAGUGUUGUAACAUAAAAGUCAACUUAUAAUAGAAAAAACUAUGGGGUGACUGCAAAGGAGAUGCAGCCUGCUUGUCUUAAGCACCUGUUUGUGGGACAACAGUUACCCAAGACUCCCCAUCAAUCAGAUGCAAGAACUCAACCAUUGGCCUUGAGUGACCAACUGGGGUGCACCACUGCUUUACAGCUUAAUUGGGUGAAGGGGUGUGAGGGAUUACAGGUCUGACAAUGCUGUGGGAUAAAUCAUCGAAGACCAAUGCACGAGGUGAGAGAGAUGAAUGUAAAAAAUGUGCAUGCAGCUGGAUAACAGAGAGCCAAAGAGAGAAAAAUGAAAGAAAGACUAAAAGUGAGAGGACAAUAGCUGGAGUGUGACUGAGCAGCCAGUCAAAAACGUGUGGGUUGCAUUCCCGCUUUGUUCCAUGAGAUCACAGUUGUGGCAGAUGCAGGGUAGACUGAGAGCAGCUGUUUUUGCUCUCCAGUGUCCGGUUACAGACGCUGGCACUGGUGCGCUCUGGGGAUGGGCACAGGGGCACGUUAUAGAGUCUCUAUACUGUUUGUUCUCUGAAGGUGGGCACAAAGAGCCCUCAGACGCAAACUACUCCUCUAGUAAUCUUGGCACUGGAAGAGAGGGACGCGGCCGAAGGUGUCAAACGGAGGGGGACGGGCGACAAGACAUAACAUGCAGCUGGUCCCACUCUCCCAGGAUCCUUGGCGCCAUUUGUAACACUGACUAAUGUGACAAUGCAGCAAACUCAUAAUAUUAUAGGAAAAACUGCAAUUUGUUCUGCUUUGAAUGAUGAGAACAAGGAAAUAACUGUAAACACCAACUAUAGUUAAUUUAAGCAAUGGAUGUAGAGGUGGAAAAACACCAAAACAAAGAUGGUGAAUGCUCUAGCAGAACUUAUGAAGCGUUGGGGAUACAGUUAAAACCACGUCUGCAAAAUGUGGUUGUUGCUGUUCUGUCUUUUUUAGUGUGGGGGGGAUGAGUUGAUGUGGUUUACCUUUGUUGUUGAAGCAAUCCUAGGUGAAGUGGUUGGAACACAGCAAAUUAGCACCAACUGCAGCUGGCAUGUUGUCUUUAAAAAUCAAACAACCGCUAUUUUCUUUGGUAGACUUUUGAGUUGUUUUUUGCAGCUAAUAUCAGAAGAGUUAACAUGUCUGGCCCAAGUCUCUGACAUCCUGAACCACAAUGUUGUAAGAGGAGGAAGAGUGCUCAAGAAAUAAGAGUAGAAGAGGUUUUUAAUGCAUGUAUACGAAUCACCACAGAAGCAAAUGCAAGUAUUCAUGUAGUCUUGUAGAAGCUGGUUUCACACUAGGUGGGCUACAGAAACAAUCCAGAGACAUCCUUUCAGGUUUGCUUGGCUAAAGGGUGACUGAUAAACUGUAGAUUUACAUGUGACACAUAAUGUAUUUUUUAUUGUAUGUGACCGGAAAACUGUACAUUUAGUUUGAAAACUUUACAAAGAACUUAUUAAUAUGUCUUAGUGCUGCCAGGAUUCAGCAAAAUCAGAUUUUUACAGGAUAACAUUAACAAAAGACACAUUUUAAAAACGUUUAACUUCCAAAUGGCCACCUCUUUAUCCCUUACAUAUAUUUUUAGGAUUAAAUGAGCUUAAGAAAGUCCCCAAGUGUUGAGUUUGGAGCAUGAGCUAUUUUCUUAACAUACCGCAGUAUUUUUACACACUGAGUGGACAUAGGGUGGAGUUUUAUUAUUCCUGCUCCAAAGUAACACAGACCACUAUGAACCCAAUUCACACUAACAAUAAUAUGUUCUCAGUGAAGCCCCAAUAUGGUUGACCUGACUUUUAAAUUUUCGUCACACUCUUUUUCCACGAGUUUUAGCUCUUUACCAUUGGUGUUACAUUAACCUUUUUGGGAGAAUAAUAGCAACCCGCACUACAGCAGGAGAAUAGCUUUCCUUGAAUUGUACACUAAUGAUCAGAAUAACAAAGACUUUUUAUUACUGCUCUUGUACAUUCCAAAAGUGCACAGAUGUCUCAUAAUGUUGUGAAAAAAUUUGGAGAGAGUAGAAGGUUGUGAAGGGGGAAACAGCCUAAUGAGACGCUCCUGCCAACAAGUUUCAAGUCUUCACAGCUAAUAGUCUGAAUCAAGGGAGCAGAAGACAACUGGAUAUACACCAGACAAAAAUGUAAACCCAACACUUUUGUGAGCUAAACUCAGAGAUCUAAGACUUUUUCUGUGUACAUAAAUGGACAAUUUCUCUUGAAUAGUGUUCACAAGUUUGUCUAAAUCUGAGAUAUCUUGCUGAGAUAAGCUUUCCACCUCACCAGUAUGGCAUAUCAAGAUGCUGCUUAGACAGCAUGAUAUUUGCGCUGGUGUGCCUUAGGCUGGCCACAAUAAAAGGUCACUCUAAAAUGUGGGGGAGUCAAAAAAACAGUCAGUGUCUGGUGUGACCACCAUUUGCUCUUUGAGGUGAGGGUCAUAGAUGAAUGGCACAACAAUGGGCCUCAGGAUCUUGUCAUGGUAUCUCUGUGCAUUAAUAAUGCCAUCAAUACAAUGCAUCAGCAAACUGCUCACCCACACAGCGCCAUGCACACUGUCUACCGUUUGUCUUGAACAGUGAAAAAUGGGAUUCAUCUAUAAAGAGAACACACCUCUCCACAGUGCCAUACCCCACUGAAUGUAAGCAUUUACCCACUCAAGUCGGUUAUGACAACAAACUGUAGUCAAGCUAAGACCCUGAUGAGGACAACGAACGUGCAUGAGUGUCUCUGAGGCGGUUUCUGAUAGUUUUUUGCAGAAAUUCUUUGAGGUUGUUGAGAUUGUUGGGCGUGAAGAUGCUGGAUGCGGUAGUCCUGGGCUAGUGUGGUUACACAUGGUCUGUGGUUGUGAGGUCAGGUACAGAAAUUAGCCUCUCAAAAAGGUGAAGUUUGAUCCAGACACAGACCUAAUGAGUCAUUAUGUGUGAAUCAUAAGUUCUGCCAUACCCCUCAUUUUAUUUGUGACUGAGAAAUAUUAUGAGUCAUGCUAGUUUGACACAGUAAAUGUGUUAAUUUAAAUUCCACCAUGGACUUAAUGAAAAAUAUGUAACUCAGGUGCUAAAAAAAGCUUUUGGCAAAGCAAUUAUCCCAAAAUGAAUGGUGCUGAUGAUCCAUCUCCUGUGGAAAGUUAGCAAAGUGGACUCAAAAACUCACUUUAAAACUAAUUUUCAGGUGGUUUUGAAAAAGGUGAUACUAACACCUCUACAUGACCUUUGCAUAGAGUAUGCUCAUUUGUCAGUCUGGCUCAACUUGAUGUCCAAGACUUCUUGGUCAUUUUUGUUCCUUCAUCACAGAUCUCGUCUGUAAUAGAGCUCCUACUUUGUUUUUAUUAGUUGACAGUCAUCCAUACGUAUGUGUUAUAUUGUGAUAACUGAUCUUGUUGUCAAAAUUAAAACAGGAAGUUGGCAUACUGAACAAAUAAAAACUUUAUAUACUCCUUAAACUCCAUGUACCAUUGUGGGACUUUCAUUUCAAUAUGAGAGACUAAUGUGUUUACACUGUGAACAGAUCUGUCUUAUAGAUCAGUAAGUCGCUCAGGGGUAAUAAAUAUCAGUAAUAAAGGAAAAACUUCAUUUUUAAGAGUAAGGGAAGAAACUUCACGUUUGAAUUCAUUAUCUAUGAAACCUGCGUUUUAGGUUAUUCCUCCCCCUGGAUUGAUUUAAAAGAGCAUCUCAUAUUUUACAAAUAAGAUCCCAGUUCAGACAAGCCGUCUGUCCUCUGCAGGUUAUGCAGUGAACACUGUCUGUGGUCGGUUCUGAUGGUCCUCGGUCAUAGCCCCGGCCGUCUGGUGUUCUCUUCCUCCCUGUCAGCAGUGUGCGGAUGGUGCCCGCAGUGAUUCGCACUUACAGUAAGUGAAGGAGUGAUGUUUCAGAGAUGGAUAGCAUUUCCAGUAUUUAUCGACUGCAGCACAGCGGCCCUGGAUGACACUGCAGUCAGAUACAUUAGCGGUGGAGGGAGACUUGACGGCCUGUCGGAGGGCAGACGUUAAAACAUCACCUAGCUUAUAGUCGGACACAGAGGCAUCGAUUGCAGCCUCAUCGCUCUCCAGGCUGCUUCCUGUGUUUUCAUUGUGCUAUCAUUAGAAGAAAGCAAACAUCAACGUCAAGGGGAAAGGCUGCUGAUUGCUCUGUAUCUAAUGCGCUCGAAUCUCUAAGGGGGAAGAUUUAUUUCUGCUCGAAUGUCUAAUAACGCCUGUCUGGAUUUCCCUGAAUGAGCCGUCACUGAUUAGUGUUUGUACUGCGUCUCUUCCCAUGUCUGGACCAGAAUCAGACCGUUUAUAUGAUUUAUCUCUAUCAGCACUGUGAGGAUUCUCAUAUUCAGAAAACCUAAGCUGUUUUUUUUUUCUCUACUGGCUGACAGACAUUAGAGUAGAGAGUAUUACCAGAAAAACCUAAGACAAAAGAGUACUUGUCUUACCAUACUGGGUGACUCAAAUAAUGCAGUAAUGUUAAUGCAAUGCUUCUCUUGUCUCUAAAACCAUUACAAGAGUGGCUAAAGAUCCUUAUUUUACAAACUAUUAAACAAUAUGACCUGUAACAUUUUCACUCCUGGUGCUAUUAUCAUAGGUGCUAUCAUGAACCAUGAAGAGAAAGGGGGUGGCAUGAAAGGUUAGAGGUCACAGGUUACUGGUAAAAAGUCCCCACACCCUGAAAAAAUCCUGCCAUGGCAAGAGGUAAAAUUUAGAAGCUAAAGCUGAUAAGAAGAGAAGCUUCUUCGCUGUGUCUCCUCAGAAAAAACAUGCGCCUGUUCCUCUUGAUUCUUCUUGUAAUUUCUACGCUGCUGCUCAUGAAUUGAAUCCAAAGCACUUGGUAAUUUCUCGCAGAUGUGAACCAUUUACACAAGCUUCAGUGUAUCUACUCGCUCACAGAAAUUCCUCUACCAUCAUUAAUCAUGUCUUUUGUUAUUACUACACUAAUGAGAUAAGUAUUUUGAAUUACGCCGCCUCGUGUUACAGGAUAUUUUUUGAAAAGACACAUUAUUUAACCUCAAAAACAAAUGUGGUGCUUAAAAUCACAAAUAUUCCACCACUAAAGCAUUAAUUUUCAUCUGCAAAAUACAACUUCAAACAGGUUUAAGUGUUGAGUGUUCAUAUGCAGUACAAAACUAAAGAUUUUUUAACAUUUGUUUUAGAUUAUACCAUAGAGCAGUAAAGCAGGUGUGUUGUGUGGGCUGGAUGAAUGAAACACAAACAGCAAAGUAGAGAGUGUCACAUCUCUGCCGAGGAUCAACCUGAGCUGUUGGACUGUUUCUUCUAAUUAAGGGGAAACGUGCCUGAUUGACAAACGAGCUGUAGGUCAUCCAGCCAACCACAGAUGGGGUUUCCCUGCCAAGACUGCAAAGCCCCUGGGCUUCCCAUCAGCUAUGGGAGCAGAUGGUUUACCACUCUCUCAAAACAAGGAUAUCUCCUCUUCUUUUGCCACAGCUGAGGCCAAAGAAACUAUUGAGGGAACCUAACAGAAAAUCAAACUUGGUAUUCUGGUUGAAUUUGAUAAUUUUUACUUCACUGACACUUCAGACCUGACCACCACUCAGAGUUAUGUUACACCUAACUUCUGAUUAUUGAUUGGUUGACCCUGGUGAACAUCAGUGGGUACAACUGAGUGCCUCUGUUGCUUAGAAAGGCUACUGAGUAUAACAAUGACACAUCUGGAUAAUGCAUUUAUAUAUCGAGGAACAAAAGAAGCAGCAGCACCUCAUCUUAGCAGCUGAGUUUGUAGUUUACUUAAAAGCCAUUCAAGCCAAUAAAAAGUCACUUUUACAUCAAUGUUUCUACAAUAGAGGGUAAAAUCUCAGUGCUGUGAUUAUCUGGACCAGCAUUUGAAGCCUGUGAUCCAAAGUCUGUUGUUUUCCCUGAAGAAGAAGUAGAUAAUAUAAGUGCAGCUCAAAAAGUUGGAAUUUCCCAAAAGAAUUCAAAUUUUCUCCUAAUUUAAUUUAAAAAGUGAAGCUUUAAUUUAUUCUAAAUAUUUCAAGCCUUUUUUGUUUAUUUUGCUGAUUAUGGUGCAGUGGUGUAUUAUACCUCUUUUGUGCUUAUUUCUGUCUGUCGGAGAGUUGGCUAUCGAGGCGUCAUUUUUAAAAAAGAACCACUGUAUAAAACAGUAUAACAGUUGCAAUGCUUCACAUCCAAACAACCACAUCUGCUCUUGCAUAUCUAAACUCACUGAUGACAAGAUGCGCAUGCACAACAGACAGAUCUGUGUUUAUGGUGGUGAUCAUCAAGAGUGUGUCAGUCCAAAAUGAGCAGAGGAACAGCUGACUGUGGCUUUCUACAAAUCCAUCUCUGCUGGACCGGUUCCACCCUCACACCAGGGAAUCUUGUAAAAGUAAUGGCAGAGUUGUGAUGAAUAUGCAGGGCUCUGUGUGGACAGGAACAGCACAUGCAUCAGUUUGGAUGUAAGCUGUCUAUAUCUACUGUUGGAUGGUUUCAGGAAAAAAGGCAAAGUGUUGAGGGAUAAAAAACGUUUCUGAAGGAGGAGAAACGUGGAAAUGACAAAGGAGUAAUAGAUUAACAAUGAUUGAGGGAAAAACUGAGAUUUGCUGGUAACCUUUUAGUGCAACACUAUUUUAGUGUCAUGAACUUUGGAGGAUUUUACAAUGAUUUAGAUUAAUUCACCCAAACCUUUAUUUAAAUCAGCGCUUUAGACACACUCUCAGACCUUUAAAGGGAUAUUCUAGUGCAAAAUUUAUUUAGGGUCAAACACAGCAUAACACCAAGAUAGACAACCCCUUGAGAGAUUAAUGUUGCUGACCGCUUGCUUCUGUAGUUAUACCAACUUUAGUAAAACACGAUAGCAUGAUUCUUCAUGGAAAUGCAAUCAGACUGAGACGCUAAGGCAGAAGAACCACCGUGUGCAGUGCUAAAUGAUUAAUAUGGUGAUUAUUACUUCCAGGAAAUGAUUAAGUAAAGAUCAUAAAUGUUCUUCCUUGAGCUGCGUCACCCCGCUGUAGUCCAUAAUGGACUGGCCAGAGGUCUUGCUACAAACACACGGCUGCUGGAAGAGAGUGGGUGGGUUGUGUUUAGUCUCUUUGCUAAAGAAAUCAAGCAAAGUUAAAAAGAUGUUUGGUGGCUAGUGCUAUGGCUGGGACCCUAUAUGUACUGUUGAUGAAGUUAGGUGCUGUUCUGAGCAUUAUUUGUGGCUAUAGAGUGGUGUUUUGGUUCCUCAUACCACUGUGUACUGCUAUUGUGCGGUCAUUAAUGAAGUUGGUAUAACUAGAGAAACAAGUAGUCAGCAACAUUCAUCUCUCGAGAGGGUGUCUAACUCAGUGUUACAGUGUGUUUGAUCUUAAGUUAAUUUUACGCCAAGUUAAUUUUAAAUUCAUGAGUUUAAUUGACUGAAAAUUCAUCGGCAAAUAAGUUCUUUACUGCUAUCAGUCCAAUAUUGGGAUUUUCAGUGUCAAUUCCCUUUUGUAAUAGUCACUCUAUUUUAACCAGGAAAAUAAUCUGUGAGUCAAAGAUACCAGGAACAUCCUUCAAAUGUCCAGUAAGGCUUUUGUUGCAGUCAUCUCUAAAACUUUUACAAAUUUUGACCAGCUGUUUUGGCAAAAAGAUUCUUAUUUUUUACUAAAAUUACUAAUUUUAGUAAAAUAGAGAAGCGAAAACACCGUAAUUUCAAGUCAGACUUUGCCUUCGCAAACAAGAAAAUACUUUGGUGCACAUUUCAUUAUUUCCAAUUUGCUGUGUGACAUCCAAUUUGUAUCCCCAGUGUGCUUUACACUCAAUACAGUGUUAGCACUCACAGAUGGAAAAACAAUCUACUUCAGCAAAAGGUCACUGUGCUUGAUUUGCUCCAGCAUGGAAAUAGGACCACAUUACAUCUACACUAACACUUCAUUUUAUUUACUCAUUCAGCCAUUUACUAAAUGUAAUAAGUGGCAGUCAUGUGCUAAGGGGGCAAUUACAGUAAUUGUAUCCUUCAUCUGUCUCCUUGUUGUGUACAACUGCUGUUUGAAUGAGAGCUCAGCUUUUCAGUGGAUCUUACUUUACCAAGGACGAUCUUUAUCAUUGAGCUUUUGCAACACAAACCGAAGAGAUAAAAGCUUCACUUAUGUAUCUUAGAAAAGGGCAUGUGUAAGCUGUUGAGGAAAACUAUAACAAAUGAUGGUGUUUUUCUGGAAUAACAAAGUAUUACAGGGCUAUUUUUACAUUUCUAAGAAGAAACUGGCAAGAAGAGAAAAAUGUGGAGAUUAAACAUUACGAGCAACCCCGCAGUCAAAGAACAGAGGUAAAUGCUGUAUCGCUACAGCUGUAACACAACUCACAAACGCACAAAAGAGCUUUCAGCUGCACCCGACCAAGAGAGGGAGGGUUGUGGGUGCUCAUGGAAAAUAUGCAGCAAGGACUUCUCCCUCCUCCUGCUCUCUCUCUAUCACAGUCCAACAACACAGAGCAGGUAGUUUGACCAGAGGCAGUGGAGCAGUCCCCUCCAUUAAUUCCCUCCAAAUUAAAAUGCAGUAAAACAAAAUUAAUCCAAACACCAUUAAUCACAAAGGCCAGGAGUGUCUGUUUUAAUGAACAGAUUCUUUCUGGGGGUAUCUGCGGGCACUUAAUUUGCCAUUUAAACCCCACCUGUCUGUGUCAACUAGUCCGUAGAGAGAAUGAAUUUAGUCCAUUAGCUUGUUCCAAGGGCUGGGUUGUUGUACCCAUUCCUUCAUGCUUUAAUACAGCCAGGAACUGGGAAUGUUAACAAGGAUCCAGGGCACAGAAGGCCCCAAUAAAUGAAUACAGGCCUACUUAUUCCACUAGAUACGCUGUAGACACAUCGAGCUCAGUGAUCUCGUUGAUUCUUGUACAUUUGGUCUUAUUUUCGCUAUUUCAUUAAGGUACAACGGUGUUAAGACUUAAACAUGGAAACCAAUAUAUUUCAUGUCUGAAACAGUCAGUACAUUUACAUGACACUCAAGAAAACCGAAUUAUUGCCUUACUCCGAUUAAGACAUGAAGUGCAUGUAAACACCUUAGUCCGACUCCAAUCGCAGUUUAAGAACGCCAGUUGGAGUCAAAGAACUCCGAUUAAGACACCCAGAUAAUGCGAUUGGAAUUCGGUUUUCUCUACCAUGGAACCAGCGUAGUUGGAGUAUGAUCGGAUAACACAUGCACACGCACCACGCCCCCGUAACUCUGGAAAAAAACACCAGAGAAGAGGAGUAGCGUGCACCUCAUCUGCAGAAAGAGUAGCACGUACAUCAUGUACGACAGAAACAACGCUGUACGAUGCUCCAUCUCUCUGCUCUAAAAAUGCCCAGCAGCAGUUGUAGCCACUUCUGACGUCUGACAUCGACCUGAGAUAUCCGAAGAUAUCCUUUCACCUUAAGAUUACCCUCUUUAGCCAACCUCAGGUGUUUUUAUUCAUUAUAUCUUAUUAUGUAUGGCCACUGGGUUCACACUUGUUGUAUGACCUUUGCCCACUUGCUUGUGGUGAGCAUUUCCUAGCAUUUUCUGCUGCUUUCUCACACCUGCUCUCCUGACUUCUUGAGGAAAUUUUAUCAGGGGACCGGCAAAAAAAAGUUAAGGCAAAGUUAGAAUUAAAAUUUUGUGUGGGACAUGAGAUGUUUUCAGGAGUAACAGUAUCCUCUUGCAACCAGAAAUAGUAGAAAUUAGACACCAAAUAAUUCCUCGAAAGCAUCUCAAUCCCAUUUGAAAUCUUCAAUUUUGCUGUGGUUUGCUUUGCUUUUUAAUAUCAGAAAACAUAGAUCGAUAGUUUCCUUUACAAUAGGCGCAAAGACUUUGGUGUUUUUUAAUCUGAUCAUUGAAAGAUUUGACCAUUAACUCCCCAUCCUUUAUAUUGUUUGUCAUGUUAUUUAGUGUUACAUGUUGCAUGGCUGCACUCCCAUUUAGUUUGUUCCAGUCACCUCAGGUUCACACUCUCCAGUUUAAACCAUCUCUGACAGAUUUGACAAAAACCAUGUCGUCCGAGCUGCUCCCUUCAUUAAACAGUUCCUGCAGCCUUCGUACGACAUUCCUGCACGCGCUCAGUGCACACACACAGACAAUUAGAGCUUGUUUAAGAGCAUGUGAUCCGGUCAAGACAUGACUGUUUUCCCAUAAUUACAGUUCUAUGUGAACCUCAGAGGAAGACAGUGCUUGGGGUGACUUACUGCAGGGCUCAACCUUGGACAUCUUCACCCAAAACAUUUUACUUCCUCCUCUUUUCAAAAAUAAUCUGUCUUUUUCAAGAGAUCUAUUGUCUUUGCUCAUCCUUGUCUGUGGCUUUCAUGGCUUUUUUUGUUUUCCAUUUCUUUGACCCCUCUCUUGCCAUCACUUCCCUCUCUGCUGGUUAUUUAGCACUUCAGCAGCCAGCAAGACUAAUUGGUGCAGGAGACAGGUGGAGCCGCUCUGUAACAAUCAGUCUUGUUAGUGGCAGGACUGGAGCUCACACUGGGUGAUCUUUUUGUUUUUGCAGUGUGAACAGUGGAAAGAGGGCAUGAACUUUUGACACGCUCUCAUAUGGGGCCCCUUAGCUGCCUGCAGGGAUUUACUUACUGUAGUUCAGGUCUAGGAGCUCCGUGUAGCACCAGUUACGAAGAGAAAAUACAGACCUGGAUGAAAAGGCUUUGGAAAUUUUAUUACUUACUUCAAAAAGGCGACCUACUGUUAUCUAAACCCUUCAGAUUGACCUCCUUUUGUGUGCCCAAACAAACUUUGAAUAUAAGAACCAUUGACCAAUUAUUUAAAGGGCCUAUACAAUUCUUUUUCUAUUAGAGAAAUCUUUUUUUUUUUUUUACCAUCACAUAAAGUCAAAAACAAAAGCAGUUUUAAAACAGAGAACUAAACAAUACAUAAUUAAAUCAAAUGAAAGUCAUUCAAAUUUGAAGGUGAGGUGGUAUAAUUAGACAAAAAUGUUAAAAAAAAAAAAAAAAAGAGGGAAAAAUACUGAUCUGUGAGAAAACAAAACAAAAAAAAAAAAACAAAAGCACACAAUAACAAUAACACUGAGUUAGACACCCUCUUGAGAGAUGAAUGUUCCCGACCGCUUGCUUCUCUAAUCAUACCAACCUUAGUAACGACCGCACGAUAGCAAUACACAAACCUCAACCAAAACACCACUUUAUAGCCACAAAUAAUGCUCAGAACAGCACCUACUUUAAUCAACAGUACAUAUAGGGUCCCAGCCAUAGCACUAGCCAUCAAACAUCCUUUAAACUUUGCCUAAUUUCUUAAGCAAAGAGACUAAACACAACUCACCUACUCUCUUCCAGCGACCGCUUGUUUGUAGCGAGACCUUAGGCCAGUCCAUUACGGACUACAGUGAGGUGAUGCAGCUGAAGGAAGAACAUUUAUGAUCAUUUCUUCAUGGAAAUGCAAUCAGACUGAGACACUAAGGCAGAAGAAGUACGGCUUCUGCAGUGCAAAAUGAUUAAUAUGGUGAUUAUUGCUUCAAGGAAAUGAUAAAGAAAGCGGUCGGCAACAUUCACCUCUCGAGGAGGUGUCUAACUUGGUGUUACGGUGUGUUUGACCCUAAAUUAAUUUUACACCAGAAUAUCCCUUUAAUAACUGUCUGACAAGAGAGACCAGAGAUUCAGUGGUUAAAAUGAAAAUGUAUCUAACAGUGCUGUCAUUUCAUGAAAAUACUGUUUCUACUUCCAACAGCCAGGCACAAUUAUACACAUCAAGUUCCUGUGAAAUGAAGUGAUAAAAUCCAUUAAAGCCUCUUUGUGCACUUUUUAGGCCUAACUCAAAUUUUUUGACUUGACUGUAAUUUAAAAAGGUUUGGUUCAAUAUGAUUCCCGACAGAAAACAAGGCUUUUGUGAUGUAAUGUGACAUGUUGAGCUUAAUGUCAAUUUGUUUAUAAAUAAACAGAUAUCAGUUUUUGGUUUUUUUUAAAGAAGAACAUCCAACCUGACCUUACGAGAUACAGCGAUAAACACCAUUGGCGAAGGCAUGGUGGCCUACUUAGAGAUCUGCUCAUUCCCUCUGUUUCUUGUCGUAUGUCAGCGUCAGUGUGUGUGUGGUAAGUCACCAGUUCAGUAAAGCCAUAUCAGUGUGUGUGCGUGUCCGCUGUGCACGGACAUCUUGCAGUAUAAUGUAAUCAGGCAGGUGUGAGGGUCACAGCCAGUUUGUAGGCCAGCGUCUUGACCCCUGCUGUCUGCUUUGUCUGACCGUCAGAGGAACCCCUUAAUUAGGGCCUUUGGUUUGCAGUGUGUGCCCGACGCGGCCCAGCAGACACUUAGCAACAAGCCCUUCAUUAAAUGCUCCUGGUUGACUUGGCAAGAAGAGCCUCCAUUUCCCAAUUCCUGCUGCACAAAGGCCAUGUUAAGAAAAUCCCCUCUAAUUUUCACUUUGAUUUGGUAGUGUUAAUUCCUUUCCCCUCCUUCCAUGAAGUCUGUAUUAAGUUGCAACACAUAGUUUGAACCUCGUAACAGUUAAACAUAUCUUGUUCUUUGUGAAUGCCUAUGAGAGAGCUAUAAAACCUGCUUCUAUCUAGGAUACCUAACAAUUUCCAUUCAGGUAAGUGUGCGGCGUAUUCACAGUGUUGUUUACACUAAACGAGAACAUCGCUGCUCUAUAAGUUGCCAAGAUUAGAUGCCACAAUAUGUAGAGUGAUCAGAAGCCAUGAAACAAAUGAGAGCAGAGCUGAGAGAAUUAGCUAAAGUCCAGCAUUAGAGUGAGAGAGGAAAGAUUUAAUUCUGCUUUUCUUGGCUGUUAUGUGUUGUUGCUCCAGCCAUGGAAAAUCACUGAACACCUCUCUUAGUGCCACCUUCAGAGCCAGACAGACUCUUCUGUACACAGAAUCCAUCUGGUAGCUUGUGUGGCUGUUUUGUAACCAUCAUACCCAUGGGUGAAAUCUGAGCUGCAGGUGUUUCAGGCGCAGGCAUGAGUCGGUCAACAGAAAACGGCCUGGUGCUUUUUUUUUUAUUUUUUGUUAUUGUAGUACCUCCUGUCACUUCAUUGUUAUACCACACACCUUUUCUUAAUUACUGCCUUAAACUUUUAACAUGUUGUCUCUGUGAUUUACAGACCAACGAGUCUCUGACCUUUUGUAGAACUGAGCUAAGGCAGCAGAAAGAGUUUUGUGAUCAAGUAAACAGAAGCAAGUCUGUGGUAAAAAAAAUAAGGAUUUUUCUUUGUUGAUUUUUGUUGUAAGUCGCUCAAAAGCUUUUUUGAUGAUAAACAAAGGCUUGGUUUGUAGAUUCAGUCUUAAAAUUAUAUAGGUUGUUUAACAGAGUGCUGAUUUACACAUAUAGAAGCUGGAUAUUAAGUUGGAUACUAGGUAACACACGGCUAACGGCUAACAGAUAGCGCUACCUUAACAGCUUACUACAGCUUUGUCAUGCGUUUAGCAUAGUAAGCAUCUUCCAACAACAUGAAUCGACUACUUACUCUAUGUUUGAAAGCUUCUUCUUAUUCUGAUUACAUGCAAAUUGCCAUGUAGAUUAUCAUUGUUCCACACUGCGUCCUCCAGGUGAUUCUUGAAAACAACAGCUGUUCUCCCCACAGCUACAUCUGAUUGGCUGAAUGAGAUCAUGUGAUCUAUGUCUGCGUGUGUGAUUUGGUUCUACUAACCUAGCUCAAGCCGGUGUUUGCCUGCAGUUUAAGCGAACUUUAAACAUUGAUUCUGGGAAAAUGUGCAAAAAUCUUAGGUAGCAACAAAUAAAAUCUGAUUCAGAAAAAAAAUAAGUUUAAUAUAUAUGAAAUAAGGGUCCUCCUUCGGUGGAGAUCUUUGUUUUCAAUAACUAAAGCAGAUACGCAGCCUUGGCCCACCGCAUGCCGGUGAAAGCUCGGAUAGACAGAAGCCAGAAGUACAGCUUUGGUGUUUAUAAAUCAUCUUCACACUAACAUUAACGAAUUAAACAUUUGUCAAGUUUCUUAUUAUGGAGUAUGGUUUUCAGUUAUAAUACAACAUGAAGAGGACUCAUCUUUUUAUAUAGAACAAUGUUUGUGUUGUUGCUUUUUAGCUGAUGCAACACGGGCCAACCGGGCACAAGAUGCAAAUAGUCACCUCUUGCUGGACUGCCUCAUAUCUAUGUAUGAUCAUAGCCCAAGAUCUUGGGGUGGCCAAGUAAUUUCCACGGGGGGUACUUGCGUUCCCUUUUGGACAUCCCCAUGCCUGUUGGGUUUUCUCUCAACAACCUACUCACUGUAUAUUAUACAUUACAUAACAUGACAGUUCCAACCUGCUAUUGCAGCUGCAGCUACACCCACCACCUUAACUUCCCUGCAUGUGUGGUAUUUCUAGUGCAGCAUAUAUGUGCAAGAUUUAAUGUCUAUGUACUUUUCCAUCUGUUUAUUCAUUUUUACUAUGUGUAGAUGAUAAAUCCAGGCUGUGGGGGUGGUCAAUUAACGGGGCUACUUAGAGGGAUGAGACAGACAGAGUUUUGCAGUAAUGCGCCAUCAUUCAGUUCACUCUAUCAAUUAAAAAAGAGGCAUAUCAUUUUGUCAUUUAAGUUUCUCAAUAAAAAAAGUCUCAAGUUUCUGCUUUACAUGACAUCUCUUGUUUCACUUUCCUUGUCUGGCUCGAAGCGGUGUUACAUGAAAAGUUUACGAGGAUCACUAAAGUUUUGACAUUUACGACCUGACACAGACAAUCAGCUCAUAGAAAUCUGUGCAGCUGUAACAAAAUUUAAUUAUUACCUGCACUCUGUGCAUCUUUAUGCAUGUCUGAAAUUCAAGUACGUGGAUACUUCAUGUUCUCGACUUGUCUGGAACACGGUUUCGACAAGCGUUGCUUUCUUCCAUCACACUGAUCUGGUUUUGAAUUUUAUAGUCUGACAUUGUUGACAUUUUUAUUAGAGCGCUUAUUUUUCAGACUGAAGCCAAAGAUUAAGAGUUUAAAUCUCUGAAUGAUUUGCCAUGAUAGCAUAAUUCUCUCUAUAUACAUCUGGCAGUUUUCUGGCUCAUAACAUAAAUGUUUGCUGAAAAGAAGAAAAAGAAACCGUGUCCAAGUGUUUUAAGUAACGCAUGAUGUCUCCACAUCAUUGAAGAAAGAGCGACAGACAGAUUGAGUGAAUGAGACAGUGUGACAGACAGAGGGAGGAGGUCUCUCGCUGUGACAGUCUUUUCACUCCUAUGACUGACGUUUUUCUUCCCCCUCAGUAUUCUUCUGGACUUCAAAGACUCAAUCUCAGCAGAGUGAUUUGGCCCGACCAUUGUGAGAAUCUUGAAUAUUCAUCAGGGUUUGUCUUUGCCCUGGGGGCCGAGACUCUGCAGGGAUCUCACUUUAUAUUAACAUUUUAAACAGAGCUGUGGUGGAUAUUAUAUAUGUUAUGGGAAGAUGUGGAUGGAUACAUUUUCUUCAGGGAGUAAUUAAGCGAGAUUUCCUGCUUAACUUUAACAAGACUUUUUAAUAUGUAAUCUGAAGUCCUCCCUAUGACAUCCCCAUUAAUGGCAAAAAGUUGCCACGACAUCGAACAAUUCUUUUUUCAAAGACAACAACAACAAAGUAGUACAAGGCAAAUGCUCUAGAGUUGGUUAAAUAUCAGAUUUUUCUAUUCUCUAAGGGGGAGACCUUAGGCUCUUGUAUUUUUAAUCUCAAUGAAAUUAACCUGGUUAGAUAGAUGAUAACAAACAAAUUAAAAAUAAGGAUAAUCAGGUUUGCUGUUUGAAUAAAUAAAUAACUCAAGACAAAAAUAAAAGAUCGGCCACUGCUGUUGAACAUAAGUGAGGCCAAAAUAACCUCUUUGAUGCUGUGCAUUCUAGCUGUGCAAUUGAGUUUUCAUCCAGAGGAUGUUUUGGCUUUACUUUUCGAGCUGUUUUGUUGGCCACCUUUAUACACAGUCUAUAAACCUCCUUCAUACUACCAUCAUGCCUUUAUUUUUAUAUAUUCAUCCUGAAAAGAACAGUUCAACCAGCGGAUAAGAUGUGCAUCCCAUCAAACAGAGAUAACACCUCGAAACAGACAGUCUGGGUUGUAACCCUGCGAGCUGCAGCCCCCUCGCCACUCAUAUUCCCCCCAAUAUUUUCUACUCUAUUCGCUCUGAUGUCUCUAAGUAAAGCCAUCAUAGCCCUAAAGUUUAAAAGAAAAGGAAACCAACUACAGUUUAAUCUUAAAAGCCACUGUUUGAUAAGCUUUACCAGAGUUAGCGAAAAAGCUCAUUUUCAUCCCCAGUCUCUUGGCAGGUCACAGAUAAAAAUCUCACAACACAAGCUUUGUUUUACACAACUUAAUAAAACGGCGAAUCUUCAUAUAACUGUUUGAUGAAGAUGGGAGUCAUGCUUUCUUGACUCUUGCCCCCUGAUUGGCCCAUCUGGUCCAGACAGCUGUGUUGCCACGGUAAUAAACUGCUUUCCAGGAUUCUAUGACAGCAGUUUUAUCGCUGAGCUGCUGAAAAUCCUCCUAAUUUCACAGAGCCCAGGGUCAGUUUAGGCCCAGCUGGAACGUCGCUCAUGAUACGCAUUCCAUCUCUGCCCGGAGUAAUUUCAUCAUCUGUGUUCUGCCAUGGCUCUUUGUUUCACAGGUUAGUGGUGAUUUUUCACAGUCAUCCAUCGCUGUGUGAUGAAAGGUGCGUUUGCUGCUUGAAAGUCCUCUUCUGAAAUAAAAAACGUGGCUCAUUUUCAUGGUGCAUUGGAACGCUAAUGCUGGUAUUAUUGGAAGGUCUCCAUUUCAUAAGAAAAUGUUUGCCUUAUAGAACGAAGGCACAUUAUUACAAACAACCAAGCUGCAUUAAUUGAUCUGUGAGUACUGGAGGGCAGAAAAGGGGCCAUACAGAGACUCCAAAACGAAUUGAAAAUAAUCACACAGCUAAACUUCUCCAUAAGCUCCCUCCCUGUAUGUACUAUUUGAAAAGCUAAGCCCCGGGGUACUUGAUUCAUAAAAGUCCACUGUUGUCAGUCACGUCUAUCUGUUGCAGUCCAUGUAAAGGUUGUAAAAUGAACUUGUUGCUUCCAUUUGGACUUUCACAUUAACGCAGUCAAGCUGAGAAUAGUAAAAAAGAAACUCAAACAUGUUGACGAUCGUGUUCUCUUGUGAUUUUUGGGUGCUAGAUGCUACGUUUUUAAUUCAGCCCUCCAUUCACUCUACAGUUAUUGUGUAUGAAGCUCCUGUAGGGAGUUUUCUGACAUUUAUGAAACAAAAUGAAAUUCAUAUUGAUGCAUCUUCAUGAUAUCCAAAGGCAAACAAGACCAUCAGUGACAAGAUUAAAGAUGAUUUAUCCUCAAGUUUAAUGCCAGAAACUAUUGCGGAAGCUAAAUGCUAACUUUGACUAUUACAAGUCAGCAGGACUUUGUGGUUUUCCCAGUGAUUAAGGUGCUGAAAGAAAGAUUUCUCCGGCAAUAUUAAUCACGCUGUAACUAUGUGUGCGAUGACAGACGAGUACUGCAGGAGAAGGAGGGGAAGUGAAGAGUUAAUUCCCCUCAAAGCAACUCUUGCAACCAGUCUGCCCCACUUUCAACCCCUUUAUGUGGUGGAGUGACCCCCACCUACAGAGCUGCUCACUCCCCGCCAGACCCCCCCAUCCCUGUGGGGUCUGAGUGGGCUGAGGGAGGCUCCGCACUGGGCGUUUGAUGGAGCGAGGAAGGGUGUGUGAGGUGCACUGACCCCUUCCUCAUUGCUCCCCAUGCACUCGUGCUUCAGAAUAGGCUGACUUAUCACAUGUAAUACUCAGAAAUGCACAAAUCAGUCGUGACAGCUAUAGGGCUGCUGGAGCUCUGGAGGAGGAGAGCUGGCUAUCGGGAGCUGCUGUUCCCACCCAGUCAGACUUUAAGAGGGGACAGGUGAGGGGUGGGGAACCCCAUUUGGCUGUUGAUGUUAUUUUGACCUCCUCUGCUGCUUUUACACCUCCUCACCUCCUUACAACCGUGUCGAGUGGAUAAACACAUGUACAAGACUCGGGAAAUUCAACCAUCUUCAACCUGUUUAUGAUUUGUGUAGCUGCCUCGGUGGACUUGAUGUAAUCCGUCUAAUAGCCUCCUUAAUCCUCUUAACUUGUAACCCACAUAGGUCUUUCACAGCAGGAAUGUGUCCCCUUAUUGUUGUCAUGUUUUUCCUGGUAUUGCAUGUUAGUAUGCGUGUCCCAGUGUAUUGGAUUAGGGUGAAGUUGCAAAGUUGUGGCGGUGCCUGGAGGUGUGAGCUCUAAUCACAUCUAAUCACCUGACGUGUGAUGGCCUGAUCCCCACUGCUCCACAAGUGUUUGUGUUUUCACCCCUUUCACACACCAACUCACAUGAGGAACUUGACACGAUACAGCCCACGUAAUAACCUGACUCUUAGUUGCAGAUUAAUGCCCUGUCGUCUCCUUUCACACAACACCUGUGUCUGCAUAAUUUGUGCCAAGUUUUUUUUAUUAUUAUGUCUUCUGGUGAUUAAUCAUCGGUGACUAAACAGGACUGUGUGGGUUGUUUUUAUGACAGUUUGUGUAGCGCUCGGAAAACAUAAAAAAUAUUUGCUGAGUCAUCCUGGCUUGAGGGUGUACACAAGUUUUGAUUCCAAUCAGUCAUUUUCACCAUUUAUUGAUAAGCAUUUGAAAAGCACAAAAAUCACUGCAGAACAUUGUGCUUUUUAGAGGUAAAACAACAUAUCUGAUAACCCCUCGGCUACAACUGUUAGCAUCUAACCACGUCUUGGCUUAAAAGACCAUUAGCAGAGAAUAAAUACCUUUCACAAGAUGUUGUAAAGUGCUAGCAAACACCAUUGUUACUUCACAGAAUCAGAUUAUCUGAAAGUUAAGGUCGAAGCUCUCAGAUUUAGUGCUUUUUAGAAAGUCAUUGCUAAGCUAAGGUUAAAAUUUAGUAAGCUAGCUAAGAAAGUGUGAUUUUUUAGCUUGAAAUUUGGCAAACUUUCCCCUCAGAAUUUUACUUUUUAACAUCUUACCACUUUCUUAUUACUCUGGAAGGAGUCAAAUGUUGAUAUUUUGACAGAUUUACUUCUUGAUACUGCUUAGAACAUGAAUGAGCAUUUUUGCACUAAAAUGGCUUUUAGCUUCCUGUCCUGAGCUUUACCGCAGGAAAGAUUUAGCUUCUUACUUUCUCGUAUUUCCUUCUCCAUGACACACAGUAAGCUGUUUUUGUUGUCACAUUUUAUUGACUGAAGGGUUUAACCUUGAGCAUUAUGGUUACUGUGAACUCAUAUCAUUAUCUGUGACAAGAUAGCUAGCUAACUUUCAAUUUCAAAGGAACCAACUAAUCCGCAUACUGCUAGCCGCCCUGAGGGAAGUAAUGACAGAGUUAUGUUUGUUGCUUUUUGACGGUUGGUGUGGAGUUUACACUUAUUUUAAAUAUUUUUUAUAUUCUCAUAUUGUAUGCAAUAUUUGUCUUUGUGUGCAAACACCUUCAGUUGACAUCUGACAGAAUGCUAACUUUUAAAUAGCAGCUUUUUUUUUUCACUUUUGCUUUUUGAAGGAGUGUUUCCCCCUUAAUAUUAGCACGUCUGUCUAUUUCAGGCAAAAUAUUCCAUACUGAUUUUGUUUCUUUAACAGCUUUGUGGGACUCAACUUAAACUUUUUUUGUUGUUGCAGGAUGCAUGACCUUUAUUGACCAAUUUAUACCAACCCCAAAUUAAAGUUUUGUUUUUGUGUCUUACUUUCCUGAGCUCCAUCUCGCAGAAUUUGAUACCAGAAAGUUUCCAAAACUCUCUGCUGGGUCUCUAUCCUCUGGACUCAUGCUGUGUGUUUGUAUAUAUGUGGCAAUAGGUCAUAAUGCUUUAACUGCUGCCUUUCACACCUCAUUCAGCUCCAACUCACAUCCACGGCCCUGCUUCACACUCUGUUGCCCUCUUCUGUUCUGCUCUCCUUUCUGUGUAUUAGUGAUGUGUGAAUAUGUAAAGUGUCUGUGCUUUUGUGUGUGUGUGUGUUUCUAUGUGUUUCUGUGUGUGUGUGUGUUUCUGUGUGUGGGAAAGAGAGAGAGAAGCAGUGUGUGGAUUCAGAUAUACUCAGCUGUUCCCUCUGUAGUGAGCCGGUCACAGAAAGGGCUGGACGAAUAGCACAGCAAGAGUGCAACUUAGUAACACCCUCUCCCCCCUUGUCUCUCUCUCUCUGUGUCUGUGUCUCCCAGGCUGUCAGUGUGGAGUAGAGCUGGAGGCUGCGGGGCGGCUGUGGGAAGUUCCUGAGAGUCACUCAGAGCAACACACUUGUGCAGAAAGACCGGAUUGGCACUCUUUCGCAAGAGGAUUUAAUAGGGAGUCUGACACCUUUGCCUAUUUGCUUGCGUGUGUGCGUUGUGGCAGCACCUCAGGGAUUUGAAGGAGGCUGGGGUCGGGGCUGGCGGGAUGGUGGUGGAGUGGGCCUGGCAGGCUGUUCUGCUGGUGACCGGAGUGGCAUCACUGAGCCGGGGUUCUCAAGGUGAGUACUGUGCUGGACACCUGUUUGUUUUGCAGUUUUGCUUGACUGUUUGUUUUAAAAUACAGACUUUAAUUUGAGUGCUUUAUUUUGACAAACAUAAUGUGAAGCUGAUCUUUUCUUCUGUAUUUUUUUUUCUGUGAUUCAAGGUUUAGAGACAGUUGGUUAUCUUCUGAAACCAGGGAGAAGCUUUAAUAACAGGUUGCAGGUUGACCAUGCUAGCUGUGAAGUCAAUUAUCUAUUUUCUACUCCGUGGUAUUUAUGAUGAGCAAAAGCUAUCAUGAUCUCCACAGGGGGGCUACUAAGAGAGCGGGUGUGUAUUUAUCUGCCCCCUAAAAACCCCACACACCCCUCCUGUUCGUGUUUUGAAUUGUUUGAAGAUGGACAGCCAGUUGUCUUUUUACGAUGAAUGCCAACAGUGUCAUGGUCCCCCCUCCCCAUAAGGUGACAGGCGGGGAGGGUCAACAAUCUGAGAGCGCUGAGGAGCUUACACUUGUGCAUUUGUUCUUUUCAUGAUUGCAUUUUUGGUCAGAAUAAGAACGAGUAAAAGUACGACUUUGAUUUCUUUCUGUUUUCAACUCAUCUCGAAAUACAUUUUUCUCCUUCUAGUCGCCAAGCUUAACCUUUGCAGAAAUAAUCAGCUGUCAAAUUCUCAUCACAAACUCAAUUUGGGUGUCAGGCUUUAAACUCAGCAUAUGGUUGCAUGCGCACUCCAACACCAACACCACAUUAGCAAUGGCAGUGUUGGCAAAUGUUGCUAUUAUGAAAUGUGAUCUGGAAAAUGCAACCAAAUGAAUCUAUUGCAACCAUAUCACCUUUUAUUUUUUUAUUUAAAGCAGCUUUUUUUCAACCCUGAUACCUCCAUAAUAGCCUCUGGUAUAGAUGUAUCUGUUUUAUACAAACGCUUUAUGUUCAUGCAGAACAUUUGAUUGAAACUUACCAGAAUGUGUUUUACUUAUUUUAACACAUAAUCUUAAAACACCAUUUUUGAUAUUGAGAACAGGUGAAAAGGUGAUAUAUUUUUUGCAGAAAUGAGAGAAUAUGUAUAAAAAGAAGCCUAUUUGAAAGUCUGUCAAAAAUAAAGACCAGCUGUAAAGCCCCAAACUGCCUGAGAGGUUCAGAGCUAGCUGUUACUUUCACAGUUAGUCACCAAAUACCUGAGCCGCUGAUGAAUGUUUCUUCAGAGAAUUUACUUAACUGUCAUCUGUGCAGAUUGAGCUGAGUGUUUCAAGUCUCCUCCAAUAUUGGUCCAGUCAGUGUCAGAGUCUGAACCAGAAGUGUAAAGAUGGGGUGAAAUUCAGACGGUCAUCUCACAAGGGCAGCAUUGAUUUCUCUUUUUCCCUCUCAAAGUUAGAUGCCUUCAGUUUUUCUCCUUCUGUCCACUUUCUUUCAAACAAGCUGGAGCCACCAGUUGCUUUUUCUGUUUCCCCACUGAUCCGAUGUUUUAAGGGACCCCUAAAUGAGUAAAACAUGUGGGAGGUUGUCCAUAAAUCUAAGCGGCACGGUCAAUUUGCCACCUGUUUCUACAGGCUGGUGAGGGUCACAGGGAGUUGGUGAGCCCCGCACUGUUUCUUCCGGUGGUAAUACAGUGGAAAUAUAAAGAUUUAUGUGCAAGAAUAUGACUAGGAUAUCUGUUAUGAUAGCAACAUUAUUAUCAGCUUAAAAGCUUUUGAAAUUUUUUUGAUAUCCCUGUUGUGAUAUCAGUUUGUUGAUAAAACAAAAGCAGGUUGUGACAGCAAACAGCAUGUACAUUGUCUUUAAGACUGAUUUCCUUUUUUCCUCUUUGUUUGUUUGUUUUGUUUUUACAAAAUCCUUUCCCCGCUGAGACAGUGAGAUCUCAUUUGCCGACUGUUUGAAACUUUUUGUUGUCUGUUGGGUGUCUCUGGGAAUGCUGGUCAGCUUUUCAGGCUGUAGGGUGGUUAAUCUGUUCCUAGUGAGUCUCAGUUUCAUUGUAAAUGGUAAACUACACAGAGGCUGCACUUUGUUUAUGAGUAUGAGUAUUAUGAGUAUCACAAUUUACUUGCAAUACUUACCUGCUUUUGCUCUCCAUACAGACUGUUUCCCUCCAUGUUUUACACUUAACCUGAUAUCUGAUUGGGUGAUAACGGUGUGACAAACCUCUAUGUCCUGAUUUUGUGUUCUGAUUUUAUUUUAUUUCAUUUGUUUGAUUGUUUGUUUUGUUCCAAAAGAAGAAAAUACUGAUGCAAGCUUCUUAGAAAUAUUACUUUUUUGUAUCUGCCUAUUAGAUAGUAACAGUUCCUUCAGUUUCCCAUACUUAAGCCAUCUUCUGGUCCCUCUGACAGACAUUUAGUCUCCUGGACUUUCUCAGAUAUUCGUCCAUGUGUAGUGUUUUCAUUCACAGCGAUCUUCAAAUAUCUGUGAAUGUCAGCCUGUCUCUGUAGGAGGGUAUUUUUGUCUCUAUCAACAACCAUUUGCUUUUGCUUCAACCACAGUCAUGUGCAUUGUUAAAGCUGUGACUCCAAGUGUGUGAAAUCAGCUUUACUACUUAAAUGAAGGUUAGAGUAUACAGAAAGUGUUACAUAGCAUAAACAGCACUGAAGACUCUUAAGAGGACAUCUGUGUGUCAGUAGAGCUGAGUGUUGUGGAAUAAGGUCAGAGUGCAGUGUGCUGCAGCGAUCCACAAGUACAAAACAGCAGCAGUUGGCCCUCGGCAGGUCCAGGCUCCUCCAGCCUUCUGUGCACUGCUUCCUGUCAGGAUGUGGAUUCGGUUCCCCCACACAGAAUCUGAUCCCCAGGCAGAUGUGCUGCUCCAGCGGUCAGGCAUGGGGGCAUAGCUUGUGUGUAUGUGAGUGUGUGUGUGUUUAUGUGUAAAAGUUGUUCAUGUGCCUUAUGAGAGCGUAUCUGCCUUGCGGGAUUUGGAAGCUCAGGAUGACUUUUUGUAUAUUCAGAGCAUACCCCGGGGAAGUCUUCCUGUUCUGAACUUAAUAAAUUACAGCUUAUGGAUGAUGAAUCGUCAUAACACUUCAGCACCAAAUCAUACUGUCGUUUGUUUUUGUUUUAACAUCGAUGUUAAAUGUAACAUUUCAGUCAUUUGGCAUAUCAAUUCAAAGACAUAUGGAGACCUUGAGCACCCUUGAAUAAAAACAGAAGCUCUCUCCUUGUUUUGGCAGCGCUGACAUCAGGGCUAAAAUGACAUAUUGUGGUGGCGCUAUGGCCGCAGUCUCACUAUGUGUCUGUAAUGGAGCCCAGCAUCAGUCUGUGUCUCCUGGCUUUUUCCAGUAAGUACAGACCACACGGACAGAUAGACGAGCAGUGAGGUGAGCUGAUGGGCAUUGUGGGUAGACAGUAAAAAAGAAUCUUGAACUUGAGAGAGAAGAUAAAAUUGAGGUAUACUGUGGAAAAUAGAAAAUAUGAGUUAAUAACUUUUAUUUUAAGAUAGAUUAAUAAAAACUAAAUGAUAAAAUGUUUCCAAUAAAUUCUUCUCCUCUAAAAAAGCUUGUGUUAGAUUGAAUAUUGUAAACAGUAUAAGCACCCACACUUGGUCUGUGUCAGAUCAUUGUGCACAGGCAGGAACCUAAGCAAGUUCUCCAGUCCUGCAUAUAUUACUGCUGUGCUGCUGAAGGACCUUAAAGCAUAAGACAACUUUUCAUGAUUGAUGUGCAUUAAUGAAAGAGCAAACCAUAGAUAAUAUUGUACCUUGUAUGAAUAGUGAGUGCCACACUGACUGGAGCUACUUGAGUUUUGCUCUCAGUUAACAAUAUGAGUAUUUGAUUUGUGAGUGGCAGAACUUUGUUUUGUUGUCAUUUGGUGAGCAAAGACAGUUUUUUUUCCACAAUCACAAAGAAAAGCACAUAUCUAUCUAGAAAAUAUCAUGUAAGAAUGUACAAGAAUGAAAAAUUGAAGGAAAAUGAUCAUGUCUUUGCAGAAAAACUGUAUUUUUCUUACUCUCUAAUAUGAACUCCUUUAUUUACAAGAUGAUGGUAAGUAAGGUUUAGAAACCCUGGUGUCCAACACUUAAAAAGAACUUUUUUAUUCAACCUGUGGCCAUUUUCAUUCGACAUCAGCUCUUGGAGAUAAAAAUCAAUUGCAUGGCUCUACUUCCUGAUUUAUCAACAAUGGAUAGAAAAUGCAACUUACUUCGUGUACUACACAUUUUCUUGAAACUGAGUAUCAGUGGCUAUCUGCUGGCUAAGUCUGACAUCACUAGUUAUGUGUAAACUAUUUACUGGUCUGAAACUCUCAGUCACCGCCCUCUCUGUUGACACAAGUGUGAAUAAACUCAUGGUAAGGGCGUAGAAAAGCAACAUGCCAUCUGCUCUUCUGUGCUGUCUGUCAUGAAACACUGUUAAGGUUUUACUAGUAUAAGACACUAGCUCAGGUUAUACCAUCUGUGCACUCAUACUGGUUGUUAACUACAAAGUUUAAGAAAAGUUUCUUGUUUCUGAACGAGAGAAAAGGAAAGUGGAAAUACUAACGUAAAACUGAGAAUUCGAGGUCAUGGUUUAUGGUCAGAAUUAAGUCAGAUUUGGGGGAAAAAGGAAAAAAUCUGAAAAUAGACUCAGAAUCUGGGUUAAAAGUCAGAAUUUUCACUUCAGGGCUCAUGCUUCUCUUUCUGACUUUCGUGACGUUUUUGUGAACUAAGCAGCCAGCUGAGAUAUACCAGCCGCUUCCCCCUUUGAUAAAGGUCCCUUAUGGAGUGAAUCACAUCACCACGGGGAGAUGAACUGGCCACAGACAUGUAAACUGUGGCUAUUUUUAACUUUUCUGACUGUCCUGCUUAUUCUGUUAGUUUACUUCUCUAAAUGUUACUCACAUUAGUGUAAUGAACACCAGGGAAAGUCAACUUCAACUCUUCUCCCCAUUCUCUCGAUCAUUGAUAUAAUAUAACACAAAUGAAGCUCCUUUCUGUCUCUGAUCUGGUUAAAACAGUGUAGCGCUACAUCAUACUGGAAACAAUAUGAUGUAGUGGGUCAUGAAUUCCAGGUUCAAGCUGAUAUCAUGCAGCUUGGACCUGGAAACAGUUACAGGCAGAGGUGUAAUGUCAUCACUUAACUUGAUACUUGCUUGCUGUUUUUACUUGACUCCUGCUGGAUCCUGAUAGGUCAAUCAUUUUUCAUUUGCUGGUAAAUUAGGAGACAUUGAAACAUUAUUUAUUUUUGAAAUCUUGAACACAGAGGUUCGAUAGAAGGAACUCUCUGCAGCAGAAAUAUUGACAUUCUUGAAAUUUUCCUCGCAUAUCAGAAGUCAGUCAGCCUCUGUGUCUGCUGUGUGUUUGCUUUUCUGUGUGAGUAUUUUGUUGUGGAUUUAGCAUCUCUCUGCUGUAUUCGCACCCCUGUGGAAAGUUUUCUCUGAGCACUCAGUGUGAAUCCCCGACAGUGGAACUACUUUUUCUCAAGGUGGACUUGGGGCACAGCGUGGUGGUGCAGACAGACAGGUCCUCAUCUCCAUAAAUCUGCUGCUGCAGGCGGUGUGAGCCUCAAAGUGACCAUCACAUUCCUCCACCCUGGCAGUCCAGUCACGGCCGGUAAACACAGAACAGGUUGCUUAAAGCUGCGCGUUGGAAAUAGACGACCUGAUGCGGGUGUAGCAGCAGAGAAGAAGGAGAGUGUGUGUGUGGAAUGUGCUCUUCAGACACGUCCUGGUGUGUGUGCGUGCUCAAUGUGCGCACAUGUGCAAGUGUCUCGUGUAGCGGAGGCCUUUGAAGCCUGUAGGGGGUUAAGGAGGAUGAGGGUGCGGUGGUUGGGUGGAGGAGGAUGUAUGGCCCCUCUGCAGGUUGGUUGUGACCCCCUCAGGGUCAAAGUGCACCACAGAGACCCUCGGGAAGAUGUCUCCUUCUAAGGAGGUGAUUUAUCACGGCCACCUGGAGUAACUUAUCUCCUGCUCCUCUUAUGUGCUCCUCUCUGCUGUGAUGGAGAGUGUGUGUGAAGGUCUCGGCUCACAGAUUAAACGGCUGUAGGGCUGUGAAGUCUGAUCUUGUGAAACAAACGGGUUAAUUGGGAUACUUUUUUUUUCGGUUUCUUUCCUGGACGUCAAACUCCUCUGUCAAUAUUUCUAUCCCUGUUGAUAGCUGCGAUUCCAUUUUCAUUGAUUUUUCUCUCGUAAUGGAAAACAAAUCCAAUAUUCACAGUAUUUUAUUGAUCCCCAACGCCUGUCUGGUUUACAGCAUGGACUCAUUACAGUAUGGAUACUGAGGGUGUGAACUCUUCAAUAUCUCAGUAUUUGAAUCAAUUUGGAUUGUCAAGACCAAGAUCCGGUCUAAAACAUAGACUGUAUAUAGAAUGGACAGAGUCUGCCUCCUCGCUUGGUGAAGCCACUUCGAGAACAGCGCCCUCUGUUGACCUCCGCCAGCAAAGCUUAUGGAGCUGUGGACAAACUUUAGAAAUUUAUUACACAGAACAUAAAUUUUUCUCCCCCCUGCUUGUGAUGUUGACAUGUAGUUACCGUCAGACUGGUUUGUGCUCAAGUCCUUUUUUUUCUGUGAAGCUCCGUUUUUAAAAGUUAUUUGGGGGUUCAUGUUUUCUAUGAUUGACACUUAAUACAGCCUAUGGGUGUUCAGGGAUUGCGUAGCUCACCCAAGCCGAGCAUCAUCACAGCGAGUCUCCAGCCGAAUGCACACAAUGCUACUGCGCGGCGCUGGUUUCAGGAAAUGAAGAAAGUUUUUGGCUUCAAAUCCGUAUACAGGCGGGAGGCAGAACCAAGUUGUCCAUAGUAUAUACGGUCUAUGGUCCAAACGAAGUCUCGUUUCAAACAUGCAAAGUGCUCUUGUUGUAACACAGAAUCUUCUGUGGCUUCAACUGGAGUAAGAUAAGGACACAGAGCUCAGGGUACCACUUAAUAUAAACCCACCGCUUUUAAUAUAGAGAGUGGGUCAUAAGAGGUUACAGUUUCUAUAUCUCUCACAUGGAAAGAAAGUUAUACUACUUUUUACAUUUUAAACAAAGCUUUCUAAAGGCUGAUGUUUUAUUGAAAUAAAACAGAUCUUUUAGUUAAACAGCUUGUUUUGAAUGAAUUCUCUUUGAGCCUUAAGAACUGGAUAAAGGUGUAAGAGGUAUGUGUCAUGAAACCCAGAAUUCAAAAGACACUAGUUUUAGUUUGCCUAAAGGUAUAAUGCAUAAUAAAUCAUAACUCAAGCAGGCAUCAUGCUGACUGUUUAUUACACUCCAAAAACAUUGCAAUAAGUUGUUAUGAAUGCUUCUAAUCAUAAUGAUUGUUUUGAGGGCUUCAGAUAUAUAGAAUAAUGCAUUUUUAAAAAAUGUCACCAUUUUGAUAUACUGUUGACCAUUUUAUCCAAAACUAACCAAGAAAGAAAAAAUAAAAAAUUCAACCUUUGAGGUGUAAAAUUAUAUUUUGCAGAUGUGCAGCAUGACCUUUGUUUUACUUCUGUUCUGUACUAACCACACAGAUUAUCAAUUCCGCAUGCCUUGAUAGUUUAUUUUUCUUACCAUGUGUAUCUUCCUGUUUUUAAGUUGUAUGAGCAAACACCAGAUAUUCUUAUGUGGUAUUGUCUGAUAUAUGCUGCUGUGCAGAUUUAGCAUCAUCCUAUUCUUCUUAUACCUCAUGUGUUAGUUUCGGUUACCCCUGACCUCGCACUCUUUCCUGUUAUAAGCACACUCACAGUAAGAUUUAGUAACCCAGACUGUUAACACACUCUCUGUUGCUGCUUCUCCUCUCUUUUUAAUAAAAUUUAAAAAGACAACUGAUUCACUUGAGAUCCUUUAUUAAUUCUUACUAUUAAACAAGAAAUUUCCAAAACACCUUUUAAGUUUGUUUAUUGUGGGAGCCUCUGCGUGUGUGGGCCAAAUUGGGAUGUUCAUGAAUGCUUGAAAAUCCGUAAAAUAAAAACAUUUGUCCCUCCAAAAGUUCACUCAUGAUAGUUGUAUGGAGUUCAAAAGUGACGAAACUUAUUAUUUAUUUUCUUAAACUUUUUAAAAUGAAAACACAAAAAAGCAACCAUGAAAACUGGCUCAUCGGAGAGGAAUCAGCACAUAAGAGCAAGAGAUCUAGAUGUCCGCAGUUUGUUUCCCAUGUGUAUCUGAUGAAAUUUCACGCUUAAGCUGCCCCCUGUCACCGCAGGAAAAACUUGAUGGUCUGUGAGGAGGAAGUGCCACAGAGCAGGCUGCUAGUUUUCAGUCACAGAGAGAUGAUCAGCACAGCAGGUGAUCUGCUGUCACUAACACACACGGGGAUGUUUGGAAAAGCUGAAGCUGAUGCGGAAAUGCUUCAAGAUGCUGACACUGAUGGUGACAGUCUGUGAGUGAAGGUGCUCCAGCUGGACUCCUUCACAAUGAAACCUUUAAUUGCUUCAAGUGUGUGUGAAAGUGUGUAUGUGUGUGUGUGUAUGUGUGUGUGUGUAAAGUCUGAUGAACAGCCUGUGGAAUGUGCGGGGGAUGCAGAUCAGAUUUCGGGGCGACCUUGAGUGCGCCCCUUAGCUGACAUAGCAAGUCUGUUUGUUGUGUGCAUGUGUGUGUAUGUUCGUGUGUGAAAGCAUGUGUGUGUCGAGUAAGACUGAGACAAAGAGAGAAUGAAGUGUCUGCAGUUAUGUGCUCAUGGACCAAUGGACAGCAGAGGGGUUUGGUUAUCAAUGAUUGCAGUGUGAUAUUAUUCAUAAACAGUAUGUCCCAGUACACUGAGCUAUGGAUAGGGCACGCAUUGCUGAGCCACCUUUUUCAGUAUGAAAUGUAGUCCUUUUAUUCCUUUAUUUCUGUAUCAGUUUGCAGGUUUUUAGAAAAGGUAAUGAUACCAAGAACAUGAGUUUCCUCCUCAGUGUAACAAAGCUGGCCUCUUACUUUUGACUCCAGCUGUUUUUCUCUCCUUUCACUUCUGUAACAAUCUGUUGAACACACAUCUGCACUGUGGUAAACCUGAGCCCAGACUGAGCAUGAGUAAAAAUAUCCAGCUCAUGUUUGCUUAAAAGAUUAUCCACAUGGCAAGGGUUUAAAUUUUUCCCUGAUGUAUAUAGAGUCUCUAUUGUUAUGUAAUUUUGAAUAUAUUAUGUACCAUAUAGACCUAAAUAUAACGUUUUUUUCCCCCUAAAACACAUCUGUUAAAAGUCUUAUGUUAACGGUUUAAAGGACUGGGUGGGUGCAGUUUAUACAUCAUGUUGUGAUUUGUUUACAAUAUUUGCUUCUAAAAUAGAGUGCUUUGAUGUAGUGACAUACUGCAAAUCCACUCCCUUUGUGAGACCGGCAGCUUUCAGGGAUAAACUCAGUGUUUUUCUGCAACACUCACAGAGAGGUUUGGUGUAUUUUUAAAAAAAGGCUUUCUGGACACAAUACUUCGAAAAUGAAGGAAAUAUAUAAUGAUUUAUAUAUCAUAUUUAGUAAUAUAGAUUUCUGUUUGUAGCUGACUCAGCUAGAUGAAGGUUAAUAUCUUGUUUUUGUCUGUCAACCAAUCAGAGGCAGUAUCUGCGAUCAGCUAACCCGUCAAGGUUUAGUGAGAGGCCAGAGCAGCCUGAUGUCUCAGCUUGUUCACAGCACAAAACAAAAAGCAUAAACUGUUUUUUUUAAAGAUUUAUUUGGGGCUUUUUUUUUUUUUUUUUUACUAUUAUUUUCAAUUCGCUCUUGAAGUCCAUUCCAGUGCCAUCCACCACUCCCUCUCCCAGAUUCUACCUUUUCUAUCUUUUGGUGUAUCCUUUCAAUAAAGGUCUAGGUCUAGAUUUUUAAAAAAUGUUUAAGGUGGGCAGUUCAAUUCCCUCCUACCCCUCCUAUCCCGGGUCUGUCUGUUCCAUAGAAAAAAAUGUCAGAGCCUAGUAUGUGCCUCCUGUAGCUCAGGGGGAAGUGUUGUUGUCCAGUAACUAGAAGGUUCCUGGUUCAACUCCCCCCUACCCCCAGAGUUUUUGUUGUGUCUGUGAAAAUGAAAAUACCUUUUGUUUUUUGUAUGAAAAAAAGAAGAAAUGUAUGAUGCAAUAUUAUAAUAUAGUGUGAAAAAAAAUCAUCAUAAGGUAUGAUAUAAUAUCAAAGUUUAGUAUGAUAGGAUAAUAAAAAUCUCAUUGUAUAGCAUAAUAAUAAAUGGCAUAGUAUACUAUGAUAAAAUUUUCAAUUUUUUUAUGUAAACGAUUCAUAGUUAAGUACAAUAAAAAUAUCACAGUAUAGUUUGAUUAUAAUGCCAUAGAACAGUAUAAAAUGUCAUAGUAUAGUUUGACAAAAAACAUCAAAAUAUGAUAUGAUAAAAAUGUCAUAGUAUAGUAUGAUAAAAAAAAGUCAUAAAAAAAAGUCAAAAAUUUAAAAUUUUGGUAUAAAAAAUCAUAGUAUAUUAAAUUAUAUAAUAAAAAAUGUUGCAAUACAGUAUGAUAAAUCUGCCAUAGUAUAUUAUGAUAAAAUUCAUAGUGUAGUAUGAUGAAAAUAUCAUUGUAUAAUGUAAUGAAAAUGUCACAGUUUAGUAUGAUGAAAAUGUCUUAAAAUAGAAUGAUAAAUAUUCCUUAGUAUACUUUGGUUAAAACAUCAAAUUAUGCUAUGAUAAUUAUUCUGAUUUUUAGUUUAAAAUAAAUAAAUAGUAUAGUAUGAUAAAAAUUUUGAAUUGUAUGAAAGAAAUGUCAUAAUGUACUAUGAUAAUACUUUAAAUUAUGGUAUGAUAAAAAUGUCAUGGAAUAGUAUGAUAAAAUGUCCUUGUAUACUGUGAUAAAAAUUCCAAUUUUAGUAUGAAAAAAGGCAUUGUAUAAUGUAAUAAAAAUAUUACAGUAUAGAAUGAUAAAGAUUUCAUGAUAUACUAUAAUAAAAAUUCCAAAUUUUAGUAUGGAAAAAAUAAAUCAGAUAUUUUGAUAAAUUUUUUUUAGUUUGGUUGAAUAAAAAUUUCAGAGUAUAGUAUGAUCAAAAUGUCAAAGUCUAGAAUGAUCAAAAUAAAAAAAUUAUACAAUGAGAAAAAAGUCAUAGUAUAGUAUGAUAAAAAUGUCAUAAUAAAGUUUUAUAAAAAUGUCAGUAUUCUUUGAGAAAUAUUUAAAAUUUUAGAAUGAAAAAAUAUUAGUAUUGUAUGGUAAUAAUGUCAUAAUAUGGUAUGACAAAAAAUUUAUAAAGUAUGAACAAAAUGUCACAGUAUAGUAUGAUAAAAAUGUAAAAUUUAAUAUGAAAAAAAAAGUAAUAGUAUAGUAUGUUAUAAAGAUGUAAUUGUUUUGUUUGUGGCAGCUGUUGCUAAGGAGGCAGAAUAGUUGUCCAAUAACAGUCUGCACAACAAAUGUGGACAAUAUCCCUAAAUGUAAUACAGCUGAAAGCAAGAUUACUUUUUUAUUUUGUGGUGUAGGUGAUCAUCAACUUGUUGUAUUAACUUUAUUUUUCAUGUUUCUCAUGAUUUGUGCAAGACUAUCCAAAAAGGAAACAAAUAUGAUGUAAAUAAGAUUCUAAAAAAUGACUGCAUCCUGUCUUGUUCUAGAAUUGUAGGCAACAGCAGCUUCGUGAAUUUUUCUAUCAGCUUCUUGACUGGUUUUGGCCUGACAGGUGACAGGCCAGCUUUUAAUCAUCAAAGUUGCAGUUUCUACAUCUCCUCAAGGCUGAAGUUUUUCAUGCUGAGUUUUUUUUUUUUUUUACACUGAGCCAGAGUCCUCCUUUCCUUGCAUCAGCUUUGCUGUAACAUUUCUCUCUGACACGACCUGUCUCUCUGCUCUCAAACUCUCUUUGUGCAGUUUAAAUGAAAAAAGAGCUGAUGUGAACAGACAGUUUCUCAAUUUACAACAAAUCCAUGAUAAUCUCCAUUCAUGUAAAUGUUUUUGCAAAUUUUGCACACUUGGAAACCAGAUGUGACUAACGUUUAAGGCAACCUUGAGGAAGGAUCAGUACACUUCUACAAGCUUUCCUCGGACAGAAAUGAAAACACAGAUAAGAUUGAAAGGACAGUGAGUACCGCUUAAGAACAGUCAGUGUGUGAAAAUCACCUCCAUACAAACAUUAUACAAGCAAACUCUUCUUAAAUGUGCCUGAUCACAGGAUGAUGUCUUGAUAACUGUCACUAUUAUCAUUAAUAUCGUUGCCUGUGAAAAGUCUUCAAGAUGAAAACUUAUCCAGUUUUUGUAUCAUAAAUUAGUCACUUGAUAGCAAAGUCUUCGGAAGUCUCCAUUGUUGUGUAAAUGUGAUGAUGGAGUGAGCAGAGGAGGAAAGAGAGAUAGACAGUGAGGGGAGGAGAUCUAUCUCUUUUCAGCUGUCUGACCACAGAGGUCUUCAGGGACAAGCUGCUGUCGGUAGCGGUUUAUUCUCUACUGAUGACUUUGUGCAACCAGAGUUAUUUGAUGCCAAGUAUAAGAAGAAGUUUCAUGUUAUAAAAAUCUUUCUUAGUGAUAAAAAGCUACAGAAACAGAAACGAUUAUUAAUGUACUACAAAUGAACCAUAGAUUACUGUAUUAGUCAAAUGAACUGCCAGAAUGAAAUGCCAUGGAGGAGGUAGGCUUUAUGACCAAUACUGCAGCCUGUCUGUAGAGGGAGCUCUAAGUCUUUUGGCUUUACUUUUGUGGGUGCCGUCAUGUCUUCUAUCUUUUUUACACACUCUGAGUUUGUAAAAACAUCAAAUAUUAUGUCAGUUGAUUCCAUCCUAAGAGAUUUUUUUUGCUUUUUGGUCAAGUAGUAUUGUAUUUAUGUCCGCAAUUUUGGCAAAGAAAGAAAGAAAGAAAGAAAGAAAGAAAGAAAGAAAGAAAGAAAGAAAGAGGAUACAUUAACGUCACAUUCAAGCUUUUCCUGGGAUUGCUUAAAUGUUGAGCAGCUGCUGUGACAAGUCCAUCGUGCUGAUAUUCAUCCUUUUCCUUACUUAGGAUGUGAAAACACCUCAAAUACAUGACUUCACUUGGCUGAACUUAUAUUUUGUUACUGUAGUUUACUUGGACAAUGACCUGCUUGACAUGCCUUUUCUUUUUCUAGAGGUUAAAAGUCCUGAUCAUACCAUAAUUCAACAAACCCGUCUGUUUAUACCCGUCUACCUUUUAUUUAGAUUUUUACUGGUUCCAACAACAAAAUAAUGAUUUUGUUAACUGUUUAAUGUCAUUUGGACACUCAUUUGUGGCUGAAAGUAAUGGCUGUUGUGCAGUUAAUAAAAGUGAGUGGUCAAAAGAAUUAUUUGUCUCUCCCACUUUUUUAUUUUCCCUCCAAAAUAAUUGCAUCAGAUAGCCAUGAUCUAUAAGUCUGGUUCUGCUCAAGUUUUCUGCCAGAUAUUGUACCUGUUAUCGAGAGCUUGCUCAGGGCGUUUAUAAAAUGUAUAAUAAAAGUAGAUGAAUAACUAAGAAGGAAAACAAAUGGAAAUAUGAGAAUUAUACAUGAACACCAACAUGAACUGCCGCAUUCAGCUGAAAGCAAACUCAAAAGACAUAAGCUGUAGUUUAUACUCACUUUUCAACAGUGUCAGGGGCAAUAGUAGAGAAAAAACGCGCAGAUAUAGUGAAUAAGUAGAUGUCAUCAGCCAUUACAGUUUGUUUUCGACUACUUCAAAACAACUUCUCAAACAGACUUGAGUUUUUAUGAACUAAUUUUACAUAAAUUAAAAUAUUUAACACAUUUUUACAUUGAUGUCUACUUCAGUUAUCAUGAAAUUGUUCUGUCAGUUUGGGGUAUUUUAAUAACAAACCUAGUCUGUGAUAAAAGUAAGAUUAUUGCUAUUUCAAAGUUCAGGCCCUCGAAGUCAAAUAAGGGUAUACAGACUUUCUUGAAUGUUGCAGUAAUGCACCAUCGACUCACACUCUUAAAAAAGGCAUUACGCACUCUGCACACUCACACUAAGUACACAGACACUUAAGGCAGGCUGACAAGCGUGCACACACACAGCACAAAGACGUCUUUCUGCUGAGUGAUGUUAUUCUGGGUCUCGACUUCAUGCAGGUACAUUGAGUCCAGUCCAGAACAGCAGGGAAGCUUUCAGUAGUACACACUCAUACUUUCUGUGGACUGCAUUACCAUGGUAACGUUGCCAAUGCGGGCAGAACGUUGAUGCUUUUUUCAUGAAUACAUAUGUCAAAAGACUCAUUUAAAAAUGGUGUUUGGAUCUUUUGAUUUAUUCCGUCUUUAAUUUUCCCGAGGUAUGUGUACUUUAGUUUUACCCCUCUGGCUCCGCUUGAGCUUGAGGUGUGCCCAGAUGUUUUGGUCUGCGGUGGUGCUGAGCCCAGCUUCUCUCUCUUUCUCUCUCUCUUUGUGCAGCCAACAUGUUGGAGAGCAUGCUACUGAAGAACGGGUGGAAGGGGGGAUCGGAGAGGAGGGCGGAGGAGAGCAGCAGCAGCAGCAGCAGCACGGCGACAGUUCCAGCUCAGAACAUGCUCUGGUGUCACUGCUACCAUCACUGCCCUGAGGACUCUGUCAACAACACGUGCAUGUACGGUGAAGCACGCACAAACAAACUGUGUUUAUAACUCUUUAUCUUAGGGCUAUUAAAGAAACAACACAAAUAAUUAUCCAAAGUAAUUCUCUGAGAGACCUCUAAUUAACUGAUCUGAAAUGUUUCCUCCAGUAUACAUCCUUUAAUGAGAUUCUUCAGCCUCUUGAGGCUCAGCUUAUUAACUCUCUCAUUAGCCUACUCAUGUGUGUUAGGGAUAUUUAUACUCAGGUUAACAUCACUUUUUUUAUAGCUCCAGGAAUAAAGGUGUGUAUAGUGAAUUUAAUAUUCUUAUCUUAUGAUGAAAAGUCAUGUUCAGAUGGCUCUGUGGGCGUGCUACAAGCAUUUUAUUUGUUGUUUUUACAUUCUUCUCAGGUAAAUGUAGGCUUUAACUGACUGACAAACCUUCAGAUUUCUCAACAUUUUACUCAGCAUUGUUAUUUUAGUCCAUCACUUUAAGGUAAUUCAGCAUAAGUUUGGACUGAAAACUGCAAGAUUAGAAUUCAGAGAGAGAAAAAAAAAGACUCCAAGUGUGGUUUUACCAAAAGUAAGCUCACUAUAAACCUCUCAAGCUCAUGUCCAUCUCUUCUGGAUACUGAAAACUCGAGGCUACAGAAGCUACCAUGACAUCUGGAUUUGAUGGAGUUUAGUAACAAUUCUGGAGAUACAGGAAGGAAAUAUGAAAAGUAAAAGUCCCCGCUUCUGUUGUAUUCAGUUUUCACCCCUCCAUCUGGAGUCUACCAGUGUUAUAAGAGUUCACUGGAUGGAGUCCAGUAAGCUCAGCCCUUUCGCAAAAUCUGUCUGGAAAAAGGCUUUAAAUAUCAAACAGAGACAGUUUUUUUUUUCUUUUUGGGAAAGUUAAAAAACAUUUCUUGUAAAAGCUGAAAAUUUAAAGGUUUUGAAAACAAUAUUUAGAGUACAGUGUGUUUAGCAAGAUUUAGCGUGCAUAGAUGUGGAUCUCCUACCAUGGAGGCCACGCUCUUUCACCAUCAUGUCUCUACCAUAGCACAGAAUGGAGCAUCUAGUAACAUACAUGUUUUUUUGCGAUCAGCCAGUAGCUGAGUAUGGUUGUGUGCAGAAGAAGUCAUACUGAUAGAUGUUUUUGAUGACAAAUGGAGGAGGGAAGCAAGAGUUUCUCGAAAGCCACUCUUGCGUCACUGAUGAAGAUAUUUCUGUUUCUGCACCUUCAGAGGAUUUAGUCUCAAUAAACGCUUUAAAUUCUGGAGACAGAUUCAACGAACCCCAACACCAAGGAUUAGAAAGAUGAUGAUAAAACAUCUUAAACUAUGUUCACUCAUUUGAUGUUCCUGCAUUUUGCUAGGACUGAUGGAUUCUGCUUCACCAUGGUGGAGGAGGAGGAAGGGGGUCUGGCCGUCAUCACUACAGGUUGUUUGGGUCUUGCUGGCUCUGAGUUCCAAUGCAGAGUAAGUCGGCAGUAUUUUUUUUUGCAUGUGUGCGUCUUACACUACAAAUUCUGACAAUUACUACUUCACUAGCAGCUGCAUGAUAAGUGGCUCACCUGUUUGUAUGUUAGGACACGUGGAAUGCACGGUCCAGGAGAGCCCUCGAAUGUUGCACAGAUCAGGACUACUGCAACAGAGACCUGCAUCCAACCCUUCCUCCCCUUGUGACAUCAGGUAAGACACACAGACACACACAGACACAGACACAGACAUUUGUUCACACAGCUUUUCACACACUGAAAUCUGGCCCCACUUUAAAGCCUGAGUGGCUUUUAGAGCAGGCUCAUUCAGGCCUUGCUGGGUGGUGAUGGGUAGUGACAGUUUAAACUGUUACAAACCACAGCGCGGUGCUGGAGUGAAGUGGCACAUGCUGAUGCAGGAGUGUAUAGAGAGAGAGAGAGAGAGAAGAGAGAGAGAGAGAGAGAGAGAGAGAGAGAGAGAGAGAGGCAGGUGAAACAGAGCCUGCAGCCUCGGCUUGUUCUCUCACCCUCUAAUGAAAAGGACAGCCUCUCCCCGGGGCCUGCUUGAGUUUCUUGCCUCGGGACGGAUGUGAGGUAUCUGUCCAUCUGUUACUCCGCAACACACCAACACACACACUCUCACACGCUUACACACACACAUUCUUUCUCUCUGCCUUUGUCUGUCUCUCUCGCUCCAUUUCUGUCACAGACACAGUACCGAGCUUUUAAAUAGCUUCAUGCGCUUUGUUCUGACCUUUAAAUCGAACAGUAAAAAUCUGAAUCAUGCUGUCAAAUGAAGAGAAAAAAAAGUUGUUGUUUUUUCUACUUGUUGUUCAUGCUCUUUUUUUCAAAGUAAUGUAUGAUCAUCAUAACCCCUUCAACUAACCCCAUCACCUUCACCACCAUUACCUAAAUCAAGUGCAUCGAAUAAUUGUCCACAAAGAGUUGGGUCACAAAGUGUCUCAGAGGCAGAAGGGGACAGUUUAGACCAAUAUUUCAGUCAUUCGAGGGACUACAGAGGAAAAGUGUGUUGGUGGUCCUUAAAGAGGAAAGGCUUUAGCUUUUUCUUAAAGGUAUAAAGGGACUCUGUGGAUUUUAUAGUUUGGUAAUUCAUCCCUUCACCGGAGUACAAAAGAGGACAAGAGUCUGGCAAGUGACUUAGGGCCUUGUUGUGAUGGGAGCACCAGGUGCCUUUCAUUGGCAGAGCAUAACAGGUGGAAGUGAGGUAGUGUAAACCUGCAUGAGGGACUGCAGAUAGGCAGGAACUAACUUUGUUGCAGUUUUGUAGGCAAAGAAGUAGGUUUUAUAUUUGAUGCAGGCUGCUACUGGAAGCUUGAGGAACAGCAGAGUGACACCACAAGUAAGAAGUUGCAAUAAUCAACGCAAGAUUAAUUUGUAUGAUGACCUUUUCAAAUUAAACUUCUAAAUAUAACUACCUCGCUGGAGCAAUGUGUAACCAGCACAGAUGCAAGUUAACAAAAACAACAAAAGGCUGAUGGUGCUAGCUCUGCUAACUGUUAGAAAACCAGUUUGAUAGUACUGCAAUCUUGUGUUUUGCUGUGUUUAAUAAAUAAUGCUAAAUUGAGUCUUUUCAGGGAGUGUUUUUUCAUUUUUAAUAAAAUAUAUGUAAAACUAACUAAUUAACCAGUUCAAAGGUUGGUUAAAAAUGCUAAUUUUUACAUUUAAAAAGGAAAGGUGCUUAAUUUGAUACGUCAUCUGAUCUAAUCCCUCUGAGUGUGAUUUUUUUAAGUUCCUUGGUCACUUUACAGUACCCCCUGCCUGUGCUCACGGAUUUGUGUUUGUGUCUGUGUUUGUGAUUGGCAGGAGCUCAGCAUAAAGGCUAGAUUCCCUCAGUGCCUUCAGCUCUCAGGGGUUUUCUGAAGUGCGGAGUGACAACUGAUCUGUUAGAUUCGGGGAGGGAGUGUGAUCGAUCGCACUUUGUGAAGGGAAAAAGGGAAGAAGGGGGGAGUCGGUGGGAGGAAGAGGAGAGGGUUCUUGUCCCUGCCAGUUGAAGUUAGAGAGAUGUUUGAGGAGAUAACAGCAAACAGAUGAUACCACAGUCAGAUAUUCAUCAGUUCUAGUUUUACAGUCUUUCAGUCCCUCUGAGUAUAUAACUAUUCAGAUGUUCAGAGGUUAAUAAAGCAAUAAAAACGGCACAUUAAAUCAAUAUCAAAUAACACUAAUCAGUCUUCCUUUUGUUUUAGAUUAUGUCGACAGCAGUAUCCAGUACAUGGCUCUCUUCAUCUCCAUCACAGUCUGCAGCAUCAUCCUCGGUCUCAUCCUAAUCUUCUGCUACUUCAGGUAAGUACCUCCACACAUCAGCACGGAUGUUUGAAGUCAGUCACGCAUAUAGCUGACGUCCAUCCUUCAUCUUCCUAUGGCAGGUAUAAACGCCAGGAGUCGCAGCCACGCUACAGCAUUGAUCUGGAGCAGGAGGAGACCUACAUCCCCCCUGGGGAGUCCCUGAAAGACCUGAUUGAGCACUCUCGCAGCGUCGGCUCUGGCUCAGGCUCAGGACUCCCUCUACUGGUAGGAGAAAGUCCCAGCAGCCCAAGCUAGAGCGAUAAAAACUGCAUUAUCCCAUGCUUUUAUGUGGUAAUGAUGAAAGAUUUUAAUGUUAGUGCUUUGCUUUUAAAGAUAUGAUUAUGUAAAAGUACACUUUAAAUAUUUUAAAAUACACAUUUAGUCAGGCCACAUAGAAAACAUGUGAGUUUAGGUGCCUUCAGUGAAUUCCUAAUGCAGCAGGGAAAGACACUCGUCUAAUAAUAGUUUGUAUUUAUUAUGUUACAUCUGUUUGCAGAUCUUUUGGAAGCUUGAACAUUUUUUAUGGAAGGUUAUAUCAAUGUAAAUCUUCUUUUUCUCAACAUUUUGUUUCCAGGUGCAGCGUACCAUUGCGAAGCAGAUUCAGAUGGUGAAGCAGAUUGGAAAAGGGCGAUACGGAGAGGUGUGGAUGGGCAAGUGGAGAGGCGAGAGAGUGGCUGUUAAGGUUUUCUUCACCACAGAGGAAGAGAGCUGGUUCAGAGAAACAGAAAUAUACCAGACCUUCCUGAUGAGACAUGAUAAUAUACUGGGUAAGGCCGUAUGAAUGUUAUGUUAAGAAAUAGCUGGAUGUUAUGCUCUUGGUAACUUAAGCUUAACUCAUUUGUUUUGCCUUUAAACUCCCAGGGUUCAUAGCAGCUGAUAUUAAAGGCACUGGCUCUUGGACUCAGCUUUACCUAAUAACAGACUACCAUGAGAACGGAUCAUUAUACGACUACCUCAAGUCCAACACGUUAGACGUCAAGGCUCUGCUGAAACUGGCCUACUCAUCCAUCUCAGGCCUGUGUCACCUGCACACUGAGAUCUACGGCACACAGGGCAAACCGGCCAUCGCACACAGAGACCUGAAGAGUAAAAACAUCCUGGUGAAAAAGAACGGGUCCUGCUGUAUAGCGGACCUUGGACUUGCUGUCAAGUUUAACAGGUUAAAAAAAAAUACAUUGUGGACUUUUAAACUUUCAUGUGAGCGUGAAUAAGAUGAAACUUGAAUAUUUAAUGUGUGUUUCUUCUCUCUGCUACAGUGAUACAAAUGAGGUAGACAUCCCUCCAAACUUAAGAGUGGGUACUAAGCGCUACAUGCCACCUGAGGUGCUGGAUGAGACGCUCAACAGGAGCUACUUCCAGUCCUUCAUCAUGGCUGACAUGUACAGUUUUGGCCUCAUUGUUUGGGAGAUGGCCAGACGUUGCAUAUCUGGAGGUAAUUAAAAAAAAAAAAAAAAAAAACAACAACUGGGUAAAACUUUACAAUAACCAUAAUUUAUAAAUGGUAAAUAGAUAGUUAAUUAAUGUUUAAUCAUCAUUUAAAAACAAAAUUUAGACCAAAUAUAAAUGGCAAACAAUUUGUUAUUGUAAGUUAAUAGUUACUUUACCAUCAACAAGCAAUGAAUUAUGAUGAAUAGUUUUCAUUAAUUAUUAGCCGACUAUUUAUUAAAGGUAUAUAGAGGGUUUAAAACAUCUCGAUUACAUUGUGUGUUAGUAGCACUUUGUUCAUGGUUAAUAUUUGGUUUUUAAACCACCUUUUAACAUUACUUAGAUGGUUACUGUAAAGUUAGGCUUAGGGUUAGGUUUUUAAAAUUGUGAAAUUCACAAUUUAUCAAUGGUCUAUAUGCUGUUUAUAAAUGAUGAUUAAACAUAUAUAAACUAUCUGCUUACCAUUUAUAAAUGGUCUAUUUAUCAUUUAUAAGUUGUGGUUAUUGUAAAGUGUUACCAAAAACUGCUCGUUUGUCAAAGUUUUCUUUAUCAUACUGCUUAAAUACACUACUUUAUCUCUUGAAGGUAUGGCGGAGGACUAUCAGCUGCCCUAUCACGACCUGGUGCCCACAGAUCCCUCCUAUGAAGACAUGAGGGAAGUCGUCUGCAUAAAGAAACAGAGACCCUCAUUUGCUAACCGCUGGAGCAGUGAUGAGGUAUUGGCUUCAGUAAUCCCUUUUUAACAAUAUUAAUGUAGAAACACUCCAAACGUUUAACAAAUUGUUGCUAUAAAUAUUCUGAAGAACAGCGAUAUCUUUGAAACAACUGAUCAGGUUGCCAGGUCUGAUGCUAUAUAUUCUCCAUCACAUUAAAAACUGCAGACCGGGUCUCUCGUAUUUAUCAAAAUUUGUCCCAUCUUUGCAUGUUAAGUUGAUGAGUUUAUUUUAGUGUGUUCAACCAGAACACACGAACGCUGCACAACUUAAAAGUCUUUGUGUAAAUUAAAUAUCAAUGAAUAUGAUCAUACAACUUGCAGACCUAUUACUGAAUGAAAAGUAAUUGCUGUAAUUUCCUGUAUUUGUCCGUGUUUGUCUCCAGUGUCUACGGCAGAUGGGGAAACUGAUGUCAGAGUGCUGGGCUCAUAACCCCGCCUCCCGCCUCACAGCCCUGAGGGUGAAGAAGACCCUGGCUAAGAUGUUAGAAUCCCAAGACAUCAAACUGUGACAGACAGUCGAGAGAGACGCUGUCAUCAUCACAGAGGAGUCACGGCCACCAGCCUGGCGCUGCUAACACUGGCUACUAGAAGAAAGGGAAAAAAGAGGCUGGACAAAGAAAACUGACAGUGAGGAUGACUGAUAGAGAUAAUGGCCGCCCGGGCGCCAGAAAACAGCAAGAUUUAUCAUGUCAGUGGAGGUCUGCCCUCUUGACGUCUGAGCCAUGAGUUCAGGUUGUGCUUUCUGUGAAAGCUGAGUGGUGGUCAGGUCCAGUCUGUUCCUGUGGGCAGGUGGACAGGGACACUUCACAGCAGGAGACCAGGACUUAAAUCCUUCUGAUGAGGUCUAAACGGAUGAAAGUCCUGCUCUGCUUUUUUUAAAGCCAUACAACAGUAUUCUGUGUGCAGUCUUUUGUACUGUAUCAGCUGCCUACAUGUUCUGCUUUUUCAUGUCAAACCCAUCCACAAUUACUGAAAUGAGCCCAAAGGAAUGUCUCAUUCUUGCUGAGUGACCUCGUUUCCAAAACAUAUUUGUUUUUAUAUUGAACAAAACUAGACAAGGUGACAAAAAAAGAGAGAUUUAUCUCAAAUAUACCCAUAAACUGUACAAUGAUGAUAAACCUGGGACUGGAAAAACUUCAUGGAGUUUCAGAUUUGUGAAUUUUGGUUAGACUGAUGCAAAUGUGUAAAGCCAAACUGAAAUCUAUUAAUAAUUAUUGCCUUGCUUGAUGUUGGAAAUGUAUUUCUGAUGAUUUUUGUGUGUACAGAAUAUGUCCCAUCCACUCGAACACUGUUUUAUUUGCCUUAUUUAACCUGUACAUAUGUGACAAAUAAAGAGUGUGUGAGUGGACGUGGAUAACAUUCCCCAAUAAAACGACGCGUCUUGAAAACAUGUCUAUUUAUGUCAAACUCAGACAGAGUAUUACAGAUAUGAAUAAAAAUGAUGUAAUAAGCCAA